GACAGAGAGCAGCAGCAGCCCCCCUCUCGGUGUCCCCCACCUCCUAUCCCCUGUCUCCUCUCUAACAGACAGCCCAUGAAAGGGUUAGCAGUCGCUGCUAUUGUCCUGCCUCCUCCACUCCCCGCCAUGAGUCAGUGGCAGGCACCGCCCCCUGCUGGCUGUCUCUAGGCGAUGGUGCGGCUAAGAUGGACGCUGUGUGAUGGUGGCCCCCGACACGGUGACACUGUGCUCCCACACCUGCUAAUCGCUGCCAGCCACGCUGGGACAUGGAGGGACUAGGCACUGCCCGCCCCCGGUAGAGGGUAUUAGCUGCAAGGGGAGAGCCAUCGGUAACAAUACGGAGCCAUUGUAAGAGCUGAGCACCAUGGCUGGGAUUAUAAAGAAACAGAUCCUGAAACAUCUCUCCAGGUCAGUAUCAAUGUAUCAAUCUGUCUGUAUACACCGUGUGACCAUAUACUGUCACUCUGCCAGGGAGCAGCCCACACACAGAGCCGCUAUACACAAUGCUCUCUGUCUGCUUUACUGUAAUUAUAGGGAUUGUGAUCACUACUGACUGUGCGGCAGGAUUAGAGGGGCUGAUAAACUCACAGGGGGGUAUGUAGGGGUAUAUAAUAAACUCACAGGGGGGUAUGUAGGGGGUAUAUAAUAAACUCACAGGGGGUAUAUAAUAAACUCACUGGGGGUAUAUAAUAAACUCACUGGGGGUGUAUAAUAAACUCACUGGGGGUGUAUAAUAAACUCACAUGGGGGUAUAUAAUAAACUCACAUGGGGGGUGUAUAAUAAACUCACAGGGCGGGGUGUAUAAUAAACUCACAGGGGGGGUGUAUAAUAAACUCACAGGGGGGGGGUAUGUGGGGGUAAAUGAUGAAUGUAGAAGGUGGGGGUUAUAUUAGAAUAGUAGAGAGAUUGUUAAGAUCCAGGAAUCUGCACUGUUUUGAGGUGUAUAUUUUGCAAUUAACUAUCAGUAUCUCCUGGGAAUCACUUGGUGGUAAAUAAUGGGGGUACUUGGGAGUUCUGUUUUGUUGAGAUGCACUUUGAUACUUGAGAUGGAUGGAUAGAUGGGUGGGUGAUGUGACAGGAAAUAUGAGUGUACUGGUAAACAUGAUGUCAUGUUAGGAAAGAGGGUCCAAGGGUGACAUUGGUGACUGGUGGUGACUGUUUUCCAUGUGGAAGGUUUACAGCCACCUAUCUAACAUCACCUUGAUUAGAGCAUCCAAAAGAACAUAUUUUUUUUUUUCUGUUCCUGUUUUCAUUUGAAAAAUAUAUGCCAAGCACAUUAUAAAGGAGGAGGAGGUGGGAUGUGCCAGUUUAACUCAUUCUGUAGAGAAGAGCUGGAAAAGAACUGCAGUAGGAGUGAGUUUCUAGCACAUACUGCAGAAAAGGGUCUAACUAGGGAGAGAUUAAUUAUAAAGCGCCAGUAUGUUCUACACUGCCUUAAACCAAACCAGAUGACCACUAUUGCCAAGAAGUUCCUACUUAAUGUAGUCUAGCAAGCAGACAUUGCAGUGUAUAUUUUGCCACGUUAUCUAUUUUGGCUUUUCUCUGUCAUUUCCCCAUUUAGUGAAUAACACUGUUUUCACUUUAAAAAAAAAAAAAAAAACACCCCAAAAACUCAACCUUUAAAAUGACAUGGAUAUUUAUUUUUCUUAAAGCGUGGAGCAGAGGAUAUACUUUUGUGUCUGAGCACACCCAUUGGUGUAUGUGUUUUUAUGUGCUUUUAAAAUAAAAAAUUAUGUGCUAGGUGCUACCAUUUAGGCAUUAUCUACAAUAUUCAUUGGUGUGCAAACUAAAAUAAAUAGAAUAUAUACAAAUACACAGUUUUGUGAUUCCAUAAUUCUGAAUCUGACUUUGCCUUCCAAAUUAAACUUGUCACAAGUAAAGGGCAUAGUUAUAUUUAGUAUCCAUUCUGCUUUCUUUGGGUGCUUAAAUAUAUUUUUUGGUCACAGUGACCCAGUAUUCUGGCAGCUAUUACCUGUGAUGCUAAUAUUACAGUGUAUUUGGCCGAGGUGCCUUUCACGAGCUGGUUCCCACACAACAUAACUGUGUGAGUCACUAACAUCCUAUCUGAUUUCACUUAUCAGGGACACAGACUGGUGCUGUAACUUCUAACAGAGAGGCACCAAGUGUGCCUCAAUUAAUAAUAAAAAACAAAACAAUAAUGCAUAUAUUUUUAUAACAAAUCUAAAGCAUGAUCAUCCUCCGUUGUCCAUUCCAUGAUUUCGAAAACCUAUUUCGUUGCUCCCUAUACUUUGUUUUAUAUAUUUUCUCAGAGUACUCAUAAUGCCUUUGAUUGCUACAUGAAACUAACAUUUCUGUCAUGUCUCAAUUCAUUGUAGUAAAUAUUAAAACACUGCACAUCUGAAGAUAUUUGUAAUUGUGUGCUGGGGGUAAGAUCUUCUGCAUAGUUCCCAAAAGUGCAUAUUAUUCAGAAAAGGUUUCUCCCCUCAAAAGGGGCGCAUGCAGUCCAUUCUGUGCACAGUGCUUUUAGGAGCAGCAUUUAGUUAUGACAAGCAAGGCAAUUGGGUACCACUUUUCAUGUAGGUAAACAAAUAUCCUGUAUAGGGUUAUGCCAGCCGAAAACAGUGUCUUAAAAAACAAAAAAAAUGGUUGUUUUUUGUAGGGUAUGCUUUUCUGGCAUAUCACCCCCUAUAAAAUGAAAUAAAGAAUUCAAAAGCCUGCCUUGCGUCUCAAAUCAAGGCCAAGUUCUCUCUGCAGCCUGAUCCUACUCCUUUGUUGUCACUUGAGUGGGAGGCACAUUCUGGAAGGCAGGCUGAGGGGAGAAUGUGAGUGCAAUGAAGGGGGGGGGCUAUGCAAAUGGUAAAUAUAUACAGAACUAACAUUAACCAACCCAGAACUCUCAUCCUGGGUUGGCUGAUGACACUGCUGAAGGUGGAGUUACACAUCUGGCAGCAAUGUGCUUUAUCUUUGUAUUUUUAGAGCUUCAAACUGAAACCCUGCAUAUACAGAACAAGUACUGUGACCACGUUGAAAAAAUUAAGUGGUCAUAGUGCUUGAAGUAACUUAAACAAACUUUCUUUUUUUCAUGAGUCACUUCCAGUGUUUAUUUUAGUCUACUAAAACAAAAUUUGCCUUUUAGUCAAAAGUCUGAAUAAACUAAAUUGAAAUUUGCCGCCAAAAUUAACACUGCUUACUUCAAGAAUUAAACAAUUUCCACAAAAAUAAGAAAAUCAAGAUGAAAGAUUUUAAUACAUGCACAUAACUCGCCAGUACUGAGCUCUGCCUGCUGCAGCGGAAUCCCCAGAAUACACACACUGUCUUCUCCUGGUUCUGCGGUGUGUUAGCCUGCUUAACAGAGAUUAAGAGAUAGAAAGCAGUUUAUUAAGGAGCCUGCCCUUAUGCAAGAAAGGAAACUCAAUUUAACAGUAAGAUGAAGUCUUAAAAAGGGAGCUAUUGAAGUGCACACGGCCGCCAUAUCAUCAUAUGGGUUUUCAUAUCUCAAUUGAUUUAAAUUUGCAUCUUCCCUUUUUACCUGUAAACAAAAUGUUGGUGCUUUAUUUCAUUUACUAUUCAUAGCACUAGGAAGAAGUGAUGGUUUUUGUAACUAAAGGAAGCCUAUUUUAAAGGAAGAUUUUUUUUUUUUUUGAUUUUUUUUUUUUUUUUCUGAUGCCAUACAGGUGCAACAUCUCUUGAUGCAAUGAGCAAAUGUAGAUUAAGCAACAUAAUAUUACCUUUAGCUGCCUCUGUGCAGAAAUGUGGUUAUUUUCUGGAUACAUUUUAUAAGUAAAAGCAAAAAGAAAAUCUAUUGAUUUUUUUUUUUUCCCAAAGAAACAGGCAAAUGUUAAAACUUAGCUUUUAUUACAAUAAGGUCAGAAAAUCAAAGCAAUUAAUACAUUUAUUAACAGUGGGUAAUUGGAACCAAAAAACUAUAUAUACAAGUUAUGACACAAAAACAACAAAAAUUGGAGAACUAUAUUGACUCCUCCAUUAUACCCAUAUUCAUCUGUAAGCAAGAAAUAACUACAUUACCUUGCCGCAUUGGCUUUUAAUGAAGCAACUGUGACAAUGUAAUACAAUAUGGUUAACUUCCCAGUUACAAACUUGUAAUAAAGUAACAGAGAAAAUAAGUAUUCUUUUUUUUUUUCUUCAGCUACUUAAAAGGAAACUGUAGGCUGGAACUGACCAAUGUUUUAGUACAUUUUAUCGUUUGAGAACAACCAAUAUAUAAUGAUAAAAGCUAAAUAAGGUCCUCACAUGUAAAUAUGUAUUUCCAGUCAAUUCUGCAAUAAACUAUGCCUGUGGUUACAUUCCUAUGUUCCUGUGGUAAUGCAAGAUGUGAUUGCUUGCAGAAAAGUAACAGAAACUACAAUGCACAAGCUGUUGUUGCAAUUUUGUAGAACAGGGCUCUGUUUGUAUGGGAGGUCUGUUGUUCUGUGUCAAUUUAAGCGGCUCUGUCACCUUCUUCUUCUUUGCAUAUUUUGCAAACACCCUAACAGUGACUGCUUCACUGUAUAUCUAUUGGCAGCUUCUUGCAGGGGAAGGUAGGUUUUGGUUACUUAAACCUUUACUUUGCGGCUGCCACCAUGGUCCUCUUCAUCUCCUGGUGCUUUAACUACUAGUAGCUCACGCCAAUGUGUACUCUUGCACAAGGGUGAAACCGCAGGAUACUUCAAUGUCUUUUUCCUUACAGUGGUCACUAGUGACAAAUAGUGGAAAUAACAAAAGGUGGAGCUACUGAGGUCAAGUUUAACUAAGUAGUUCCUACUUCAGGGUAGGCAUCCUUCGGCACUCCAGAUGUUGUGGACUACAUCUCCCACAAUGCUCUUACAUCCUUAAUGCUGGUAAAGCAUCAUGGGAGAUAUAGUCCAAAACAUCUGGAGUGCCGAAGGUUGCCUAUACCUGUACUACUUUGUCUUAGUAUAGCUUUUGAAAGAAUUUGAGGGGAGUAAGAAAGAGCUGCUUUAAUUCUCUGCACAGCAUAGCGCUCUAUGUCUGCAGUUGAUUAACAAGAGAUGAGAGAGAUCACAUCUUUACACCGCUUUCUUUAAGGAAAUCUAUACAUUUGCCAGUAAUUCUACUAAUGUAGCGUGUGUGUAUGUGUGUGUGUGUGUGUGUAUACAAAAUUGCAUACUAUCUCAUAUAAAUAAAGUAUGAUAGGUGCACUUUAAAUCUUCUAUGGAUGUUUAUAUGAGCCUUUUUAUGUAUGUUGCAUUCCAUUGAAGUGUACUUUGAGACAUGUUUACUUCAUACAGUGGCAGCGUAGAGGGUAAAAGGGACAAAUGAAGGUUGAAUUAUAAGAAAACCAAGAAAAUAAAACCACAGUCUAGAAUUAAGGAGACUGUGAGAGUCUCAGUUUGUUGGCACUCUUAACUGUAAAUCUGAAGAUCAGGCCUUCUGUGCCUCCUAAGCACCAUUACCAGUAAAACAAAUUAUUCUGUUUAUGGUUAUGGGUCUCUUGGUCUCUCCAUGGUUAGUAUCAAACCAUUUCAUUCCAAAGUUUUAGUGUUACAAUGAUGUGUGAACUGGAAGGCGCUUAGUGAUUAGUGAUAUUAAUAAAAAAAAAAACAGCUGAAAACACUCAGUGGAAUGCUCCAAAAAACCUACAAACAAUAAGGAAAUCCGAAAUAACUGUAACUCAAUGUUUAGGUGAUUAAAACCCACCAAAUAAGCAAAGUACAGCGCUAGAAUAGUGGUACACUUACAACCCAAUCGAUGAAAGGGUUUAUAUAAUUUAUAUAUAAAAUAAGAAAGCAAGCAAUAGUGUAUUAUUGGAUAAAAAUAGGAUUAAAGUCAAGUUUAUUCCCCCAAUUGUACACAUAAGUUUGAUAGAAAAUUUACUUGUAUAUAACUAGGAACAAGAGCACUAUACAGGGAGUGCAGAAUUAUUAGGCAAGUUGUAUUUUUGAGGAUUAAUUUUAUUAUUGAACAACAACCAUGUUCUCAAUGAACCCAAAAAACUCAUUAAUAUCAAAGCUGAAUAUUUUUGGAAGUAGUUUUUAGUUUGUUUUAGUUAUAGCUAUGUUAGGGGGAUAUCUGUGUGUGCAGGUGACUAUUACUGUGCAUAAUUAUUAGGCAACUUAACAAAAAACAAAUAUAUACCCAUUUCAAUUAUUUAUUAUUACCAGUGAAACCAAUAUAACAUCUCAACAUUCACAAAUAUACAUUUCUGACAUUCAAAAAAAAAACAAAAACAAAUCAGUGACCAAUAUAGCCACCUUUCUUUGCAAGGACACUCAAAAGCCUGCCAUCCAUGGAUUCUGCCAGUGUUUUGAUCUGUUCACCAUCAACAUUGCGUGCAGCAGCAACCACAGCCUCCCAGACACUGUUCAGAGAGGUGUACUGUUUUCCCUCCUUGUAAAUCUCACAUUUGAUAAUGGACCACAGGUUCUCAAUGGGGUUCGGAUCAGGUGAACAAGGAGGCCAUGUCAUUAGAUUUUCUUCUUUUAUACCCUUUCUUGCCAGCCACGCUGUGGAGUACUUGGACGCGUGUGAUGGAGCAUUGUCCUGCAUGAAAAUCAUGUUUUUCUUGAAGGAUGCAGACUUCUUCCUGUACCACUGCUUGAAGAAGGUGUCUCCAGGAACUGGCAGUAGGACUGGGAGUUGAGCUUGACUCCAUCCUCAACCCGAAAAGGCCCCACAAGCUCAUCUUUGAUGAUACCAGCCCAAACCAGUACUCCACCUCCACCUUGCUGGCGCCUGAGUCGGACUGGAGCUCUCUGCCCUUUACCAAUCCAGCCACGGGCCCAUCCAUCUGGCCCAUCAAGACUCACUCUCAUUUCAUCAGCCCAUAAAACCUUCGAAAAAUCAGUCUUGAGAUAUUUCUUGGCCCAGUCUUGACGUUUCAGCUUGUGUGUCUUGUUCAGUGGUGGUCGUCUUUCAGCCUUUCUUACCUUGGCCAUGUCUCUGAGUAUUGCAUACCUUGUGCUUUUGGGCACUCCAGUGAUGUUGCAGCUCUGAAAUAUGGCUAAACUGGUGGCAAGUGGCAUCGUGGCAGCUGCACGCUUGACUUUUCUCAGUUCAUGGCAGUUAUUUUGCGCCUUGGUUUUUCCACACGCUUCUUGCGACCCUGUUGACUAUUUUGAAUGAAACGCUUGAUUGUUCGAUGAUCACGCUUCAGAAGCUUUGCAAUUUUAAGAGUGCUGCAUCCCUCUGCAAGAUAUCUCACUAUUUUUGACUUUUCUGAGCCUGUCAAGUCCUUCUUUGACCCAUUUUGCCAAAGGAAAGGAAGUUGCCUAAUAAUUAUGCACACCUGAUAUAGGGUGUUGAUGUCAUUAGACCACACCCCUUCUCAUUACAGAGAUGCACAUCACCUAAUAUGCUUAAUUGGUAGUAGGCUUCGAGCCUAUACAGCUUGGAGUAAGACAACAUGCAUAAAGAGGAUGAUGUGGUCAAAAUACUCAUUUGCCUAAUAAUUCUGCACUCCCUGUAGUGUUAGGGAUGCAGAUUUGUAUUUCUAACAUUAUAGUGUUCUUUUAAUAUUUUUAAAUAAGCGUUUCAAGUGAUUUAGAGUUAAAGGAAGACUAUAGUGUUAGGAAUAAAUCUUUGUAUUCCUAACACUAUAGUGCCCUCAUUCAAAAUGUUAAAGGGAUACUAUAGUCACCCAGACCACUUCAGCUCAAUGAAGGGGUCUGGGUGCCAGGUCCCUCAGGUUUUAACCCUGCAGAUGCAAACAUAGCAGUUUCAGAGAAACUGCUAUGUUUACAUUGCAGGGUUAAGCCAGCCUCUAGUGGCUGUCUUCCGGACAGCCACUAGAGGCGCAUCUGCGACGCUGAAGGCAUAUUGUGCCUCUAUCACGCAGAGCGUCCAUAGGAAAGCAUUGAAAAAUGCUUUCCUAUUGACAGCAUGAAUGCGCGCGUGGCACUUGCCGCACAUGCGCAUUUGGCUGUGCUAACCCCUUCAGCGCCACGGGAGCGGGACCCUGAGGGGGGGGGGCACUAUAGUUUCAGGAAAACCGCUUCGUUUUCCUGACACUAGAGUGAUCCUUUAAACACAGCCUUUGAAACAGGGCCGCCCAACAGGUAGAUCCCCAGAUGUUGUAGUACAACUUCCAUGAUGCUUUGUCAUUCUAAAUGUAUGCAAAGCAUCAUGGAAGUUGUAGUUUUACAACAUCUGGUGAUCUACCUUUUUGGCAGCCACCUUCUUCCUCCGACACUGCGAGGGUGAACGUAAUGUGCAUGCGCAGCAGCACCUUCCAUAUAGGAAAGCAUUGAAUCAGUGCUUUCCUAUGGGGACUUAAAAAAUGCCGGACGUCCUCAUGCAGAGUGUGAAGACGUUUUACUGAGUUAAAUGUCCAACAAAAAAGUGGAAUUUAACACUGUAGGGCAGCGUAGCACAUCCUACCAAUUGGCCCUCAACUCCCUCCCACCACAUGGCAUCCCAGGCAGUAAUUCAAGAGCAUUUAAUUUGCAAGCCCUAUAUAAAAUCUGUACUUGUGAGACCUUGCUGAACACAAAUAUGCAUGUUUUAGAGCAGUGAAUGAAGAUUGUCAUCAGUGAAAGUGUCGUUUUUGUGUGAAAAAUGCUCAAAAUAUGAGCACCAACUUUGGCCAGUAUUUGACUAAGUGGCUAUUAAAAAGACUGGACCCCUUUUUAGAAUACCGUGGUCUACUAUUGCAAAUGGUAUGCCAUCAUGGGGGUCAUUUUCAAUAUUGGGCUACCAAACGGUCUCAAGGCAACAUUACCAAUCUGUCAAAUUUCAAUGUGAAAAAACAGAAAUGCAAGCCUCUAACUAUGUGACCCUCUAACUUUCCAAACACCAUAAAACCUGAACAUGGGGGGUACUGUUAUACUCGGGAGACUUCAUUGAACACACAUAUUAGUACAGUCUCAGAGGCAACAUAGGCCCAGCAAACCAAUCUGUCAAAUUUUAAUCUGUAAAAACAGAAAUGGGCAAGUUCUUUAUUUGAUCUUGUAACUUUCCAAAACACCAUAAAACCUGAACAUGGGGGGCAUUGUUGUACUCCUGGAACAUCACAGCAUACAAAUGUGUUUUUUUUAUUUUUUUAUUUUUAUUUUUUAUUUUUUUUUUUAUUAUUGCAGUAAGAGCUAACAGUUUACAGUUAUAAUGCCAUGCAGAACUUGGGAAAAUAAAAUUUCCUAAUUUCUUACACUUUUUUUUUUAAAGAUUUAUAUUCAUAUUAAGUUAUUUUUAAUAUAUAAGCUCUCCUGAACAUAAUCUGAAAGAGAUAAAUUAUUGUUGAACAGACAUAUAGAGCAAAUUCUAGGGUUUGUUUUCCUACCGGUUACAAUUGCCAGUCAAUAUGCAAUAUUGUUUCUCAGGAAAUAUGAUGGAUUUGACAUCCCUACCUAAGAGUCACAAACUAAUUCCAGUCUGCAGAGCAGAAAUCCAUCCAAGAUGCAGAAUAACACAAUAUUAGAUAGGAGUACAAUAUUAAAUAAAUUAAAAUCUGUUUAAUCGGUUUUACAUUUAAAAACUCCUGCACAACUGCAACUAAACAAAACUCUCUCAAAAUAUAUUUACUAAUUAGUCCUGGUUAUUAAAAUCCCCAUAUGUCUUGGAUCUCAAUUUAUUUGUAGAAGUUGUGAAACAAAUAUUGCAAGGUGUGAAUUACAGUUUUAAAGUAAAAAUUUUGCAGAAUUUGUCUUGCUGACUUUACAACUGUUAUAAGAGUCACAUAAUCCAAAACCACUACACAAAAGUAUAUAUUUAUUUAUAGCAAUUACAUCACCCAGUUCAUGUAACCAACAGCAUUUUGACUCUUUUCAUUUAGCCAUUUCAUCACAAACUUAGGUCAAAAUAUUUAGUCUUUUAUGGGGUUUUAAAUUUUUAUCCACGCGUUGUUCCACUACUGCAAACACUCCAUAUUUUAUUUUGCUACUGUUCAAACUUACAAUGAUUGCCCACUUAUACCUUUCCCCUAAUUCAACCUAUAAUCCUGCCCCAAUCCUAUCUACUAAAUCCACCAGUAUGGACAUCAGCAGAUUAAAUGCCCAGCUCACACAAUACUCCUACACUUUAAAGAGCUAUGAGCAACGGCUCACUAGCCACAUACCACCUAUGUCCUUUUCAAAUGUUGGGGGUUACAGGUUAGGUAAGAGGGUGGAGUCAAGUCCCAGGGAUGGUAUCAGCUUCCUGACAUCUGUAGUAUCUUCAAGUAUGAUUCUGAGCAACCUAGGCAGGCAGAAGUAGUAAAUCAUAAAGAAACCAGUGGCAUCUGCUAAUUGCACCUUUUUGCUUGAUAAAUCUGGUUCCCACUGUUUACUAGAGCAACGCUGUCUGACUCAGGAGAACUGCAGGCACGCCAGAGUUUCUGGGUAAUUAGUAGCACAUUGCUGAGUGACGCAUAGAAUUAAUUAGCAAAGGCUUAAAACCUUUCUUACUUUAUCUUAUGGAGAUACAAUUCUGCAGGACAGCCCUUCAGUACCGGGUCUAUGUAAUAGUAUAUGAUUUUAUUAAAGUCACGGAGGCUUCAAUUGUGCUUUCUAUUUCUUUUACAUAUAAACAUUAUAACCAAUCCCAACAGAGUAUGAUCCAUAAAGGAUGUGACUUCAUCUAGCACCUACUCUAUCUUUGCUGCUCAGUCCAACGAGUAAAUCACAUUUACAUAUGUGAUUUCUAGGUUAAAUAGUUUUUGUUGUUGUUUAUUGUAUUUGGUUGUUAGUUUUCUUUGUCAUAUGAGUGUGCCCAAUUCCUCCUUUCCUCAUCCCUGCCCAUCCCCAUAAUGUGCUCAAGCUCACCAACCAAUUUUAGUUUGGGGUGGUUUUUUCUUCUGCCCCACGAGUUUUCAUUUUUCUCCCUAUCACCUUCUAGCCUUCGCAGUGCCUCUGAAUCGCUGCAUCCCUUUUAAUCCAUUUUGUAGCACCACGCAUGCACUCGCUGUGGCCAUUUUCUUUGUGGAAGUUUGAUGGCUUCGGUUCUGGAAUCUUGCAUGAAUUGAAACCGCACGAUUGAAUGGCAACCUCCCUGUCUCUCAGAUUCGGUAUACACUGGUGGUUGAUGUCUACUACACUUUGAGUUUUUCGGUUACAGGUUUACUCAAUGUUGAGAAUCGAUUUCCCUUUUUAGGUUAUUCUUGUUUUAUUUAUUUAUUUAUUUUUUUAAAUUCUUUAUUUAUAACAAGAUCAGAUACCACAGCAAAACAAUCAUUACAAUGCAAUAAGAAGAUAAACAUCACAAACAGUAUUCGGUAUUAAUCAAAAUACAACAUGAUUAGUUGCCCUUACAACCAAAUAUGUUCAUUGAGUAUGACAUAUGUCCUCCAACCAUGAUUAUCUGUCUACUGCAGCCUCCAAUCUAUUUUAUAUUAAGUAAUAUACAGAAUCCUGUCUGACUAUGUGGCAGCUCGCUUCUUCAUUCCACCUUAACCUUUAAUAAGUAGUAGGCGUCAAACCAAACUAUCAUACGCAUAUCUAACGUGUAAGGUCAACAAUAGUGUAUUACCAUUUAACUAGCGAUCCGCCAAAAAUCGCCCCACAGCCCGCCUCAACCCAAAAAGGCUCUUUUUAGCUAAAUGGUCGCUGGACAGUAGCCAGUCAGGAUGGAAAAAGAAAAAGAGAUAAAUAGAAGUGGGAAAAAAAAAUUAACCGUAUGGAAAGCACCAUAAGAGUAGAAAAGAAGAGGAGAAUAGGAGAGGGAGGGAGUAUGCUGGUGAUAUUCCAAGAAUUGGCAAUGAUGCCAGCUCGACCAGUCGGCUGUGCAGCCACAAGCCUGCAAAGCCUAAGGAUGGACCUCCGAGCCCGUGAGGAGAACUAUGGACCGUAGGCACCUCAGUGGGGACCGAAAGGACCAACUAAGCAAUGGAGAUAUAAAGUUGCCAUCCCCCCCAGAGUCAGCAGAGGUAUGUUGGGGCAUGAAGGAGACGAGCCCGUCCCCCUUCCCCCUAAUCGCCAACCCCGCUUUCUAUCCACGGGCCCCAAAUUUUUUCCAUUUUCUUUUUAGUGCUAUUCUUGUUUUAUUACUGCUCUAAAAACUCAGUGUAGUGCAUGCCUGGACAGGAUCUCCCUUGUUGGCCGAUACAGGGCCUGCACUGUCCAAGCGCCGACCCUGCUGUGUGACAAGAGUGGAGAAAUCAGAGAUCUCCCUCCAGAGAGGAGAGGACCAGUGAGCUAUAACCUGCAGCUCUGCUGGGUUCCUCUCACAAGCUUGGAGCAUUCACUCACCUCUGGACCACCAUGGUUUGUAAUGUCUCCCCUCACAGGCAAAAGUUAAAGGACCACUAUAGGCAUCCAGACCACUUCAGCUUAAUGAAGUGGUCUGGGUGCCCGGUCCAGCUAGGUUUAACCCUUUUUUCUAUAAACAUAGCAGUUUCAGAGAAACUGCUAUGUUUAUAAUAGGGUUAAUCCAGCCUCUAGCGGCUGUCUCAUUGACAGCCGCUAGAGGUGCUUCCGCGCUUCUCACUGUGAUUUUCACGGUGUGAAGACGCCAGCGUCCAUAGGAAAGCAUUGAGAAUGCUUUCUUAUGGACUGGCUGAAUGCGUGCGGGGCUCCUGCCGCGCAUGCGCAUUCAGUUGCUGACGUCGCUAUGGAGGAGGAGAGGAGGAGGAGAGUUCCCAGCCCGGCGCUGGAGAAAGAGCUAAGUUUAACCCCUUCCUCCCCCUAGAGCCCGGCGGGCACCCUCAGGGCACUAUAGUGUCAGGAAAAUGAGUAUGUUUUCCUGGCACUAUAGUGGUCCUUUAAAAAGGAACGACCAGGCUUCCCCAAACUCCGGCCCUUCAGAUGUUGCUGAACUAAAACUCCCAUGAUUCUAUGAAUGAAAUAGGCUGAGAAUCAUGGGAGUUUUAGUUCAGCAACAUCUGGAGGGUCGGAGUUUGGGGAAGCCUGCUCUAAACUGUAAGCUUGUUUGAGCAGGAUCCUCAAUUACCUAUUGUUCCUGUUACAUUUUGGUUUUGUCUCAUUUGGUAAAUUCCCUUCUUAUUGUAAAGCGCUGCGGAAUAAGCUGGCACUAUAUAAAUGGCAGUAAUAAUAAUAUAUCAAAUAAAAUUGCUUUGCUGCCAUCUGUCCCCCCUUCCCCCACCCACCUCAGUAUGUCCCAAAGUGCUGCACCCCUCAAACACACUUGCUGUACCCCUACACACUAGACCAGCUAUAAUCACUAAAAAAAAUUUAUAUAUAUAUCUAUAUAUACAUACAUACAUACAUACACUCUACCAUGUACACACACUUGGGAUAUUCUACACAAACACACACUGGAUCCUCUACACACACACUACAUUCCUGACAUACACUCUGGAUCCCCUUUGUAAACAUUACAUCCCCUGCACACAAACACCAUAUACUACAUUCCCGAAACACAUACUCUCUACAGCUACCACACACACACUGCAUCACCUGAACAGACAUACACUACACACUCGCUACAUUCCCAAAACACACUAUGGCAGGGGUAGGCAACCUUUUAGCAGCACUGUGCCAAAAUAGGAUUGUGAUGUCCUAUUUUUUUUUUUUUAAAUUGAGGUAUGUUGCCGUAUUCUGCUUGUUACUUAUACUGCUGUUGCUUUGUAUAAUUGUAUUUGUGCGUAUAUGAGCUAUUAUAUUGUAUAUGUUCAUGAGUAGUUUGUAGUAUCUUGUAUAAUACCUAUGAAUGUGGGCUGUGCAUGGGGGCUGCUUGUGGAAUUGUGUUUGAAUGGAUAUGUCACAUUGUGUGUUUGGUAGUGUGUGUUUGGGUAAUUGUAUGUGAGAGGCUGCAUAUAGGGUUGUGUUCAUGUAUGUGGAUUGUUAGUGGUGUUGCGUUUGUGCGUGAGCUGUUAAUAUUAUUUGUAUAAGGGAAGGGUUAUUCUGCAUUUCUGUGUAUAUCUAGCAGUUUGGAUGGCUUCCCUGGGUUCCAGUGGGGACCAGGCUGGCCUAGUACAGGUCAAGGACAGGAGCUGCAACAGCAGCUGCGGGAUCUUCUACUCCAGUGUGGAUUCCCAUUCACAAGUGCUGCAAUGCAUAAAUUGAGGAUUGUCUUUAACCACCUUUUUGUAUAUCUGAAGCUUCACUGGGACUCCUGAUAGGCCUGUUUGGCUCUAGCAGCCUUGAGUGCCGUGCAAAGACAUAUAUCGAGUGCAGUGCAUGGCACAUGUGCCUAUCCCUGCACUAUGGGGUGAUGUCUGUCUCAAUUACACACUUGACAUCUCAAGCAUUUAUGCAAACACAGCACGUGACCUGCAGGCUCCACUCAGCUCUACCUUAAAUGCCUCUAAACCUUACCUCACUAUUCCCCGAAUCUUGUCCUGAUUAACAAGAGUAAUGAUGUCACAGACAACGAGCACCUAGCUGGGCAAAAUCAAUGAGAUACUGGAAAUGGGCACAUGCCCAGGAAGAUUUGCCAGUUUAGACUUCAGCUAGGAUGAAUAAUCUGAGGAGCCAUGUUUAGACUCCUAUGGUCAGCAGUAUUCCAAGGCUUCCAUUUCAGAGGGGAAGUCACUUCCCACGCUCUGGGAAACAGGUUUUGGGUUCAGAUUGUGGAAGCAGGUUGUGUUCUCCAGGGUUGCAAGGUGUCCCCUCGUUUGUCGUGGAUGAUCUACGCCAACCAUGCUCUGCUGAGUGGGAACCACCAGAGAAUAUUGAUCAAUAUAUGUGUGUGUAAGUCACUUUCUAAGGAGAGACGUAAUAAGCUGUGAGCAGAAUGUUUUCAAACCCAUUGUCUCUGAUGUGGUGUGCAAGGCUCUUGAGAUGGAUCACCCAAAUCACCCAAUUUCUGUCUAAGAUGGAUUGGAAACCAAUCUCCAGGUCUUGUGACAAAACUUUACGAGCUGAUUGAAGACGCAGAGACACACUCCAGUUUGACUUUGAGGUGGCGAAAGGUUGGCUCCAACACAUAGUCUGCAUGUGGGGUACGCCAGCACAGCCCUGUCUACGGAAGGUCAAAAGGCAGUUCUUUUGAAAGUUGGACCUAAAUUGGUCAACAUGGUAAUCAAUGAGCCUUGGGAAGCUGCUACAGACUUAUUGUUUAGCGAAUCUUUCAUGAAAAAUUUGUGAAACUUUCUUUAGACGUCCAUAAAAUAGGUGUUCUCACCCAAGUUCUUUGGAGUAUUAGUCUGUCCAGCUGUGGUGCCCAUGUCUCAUAUGAACCAAUCCAAGGCUCUUUCCCAUCUUCCUCUGAAUGCAAACCUACUCCAUUCCUUGCUUCCUGUCUUGUGGACGACGUUUGUCCUCAGGAGGAACACGUUGUAGCGAAAGUAACCCCGCCACUGGCUUUUGGAGGAGCCUGUUUGCCCUAUGACUAUGGCCCCUGUAAUAAACUGUGGUUAAAGACACUGUUUGUGCCUUUUGGACUUGUAUGGUUCGUCAUAUACGGAAUUUACCCAACGGAUCAAGAGUUUGGGUUCGAAUGCUGAAUAAACCACCAAAUGACUGGACCACUGUAUGAGAAGUGUGCCACCUUAUUAACGUUCUUCACUCAGUAAGACUUCGAACUCUCCAUGGAAAUCCAGAACUCCUGAACCGAUCUGGGUGACUUUUGGAUAUGUUGAUCACCCAGAUCAGGGCUAUCAAGGGAUAUAACCUUUAUAGGGUUUCCAUGAGUUUAGGGGUACUUUUGGGGUUUUAGAAAAAUAUUUUAAAAAAAUCAGCCUGGAGUGUUAAUACAGUAUCUGACUCAAUUAUCUCCCAGGCAGACGGGAGGGAUUGCAUGUUUGAAUAUGGUGUCAUGCACUGUUGUCAUUGGUCUGUGACUUUAUACUUUAGUUCCCCACAAGGUCCAUGUGGGAGUACCCCUUGCAUGGGGACUUGCAUAAAAGACUAGUGUGGCUACCAAUAAAUGAGUUCCUCGUCUCGUGUGGGGGAAACUGCUAUAUCACUACACUCUCCUGGGAUUAUAAUCACUAGCUCUUAUAAGAGCUGUUCCUGCUAUACUCUCUGGAGUAGGAUACUGGUCUUGGAUCCAGGGUGGGUGGAGGACUGCGAGUUCCCAGCCAAGCUGUAACACUGGACGUGGGGACUAAAAAAUGUGCAGCUACUCAAAACUGUCUUGUUACAUUAUUUUAUGCUGUAUGUCAUAUUGGCAACAUGUCUUUGAAUCUGCACUGCAAAAAUAAAGAAUAAUUAAAAAAAAUAAAAUAAAAAAAAUAAAUCAAGUAAAAAAAUAAGAGCAUAAUAGUUACCUCCAUGUCAAAAUCAUUUUAAUAGAAAAAUCUAGGAUUUCUGUACUUCAUUGAUUUAGGUGACCAGAAUCUAAAUAUCUGAAUACUUCAUUUUAUUUGAUCCCACUAGUUAAAAUGAUUGAUAACGUGUGUGCAUGUGUGUAUGUAUGUGUAUAUAUGUGUGUAUGUAUAUGUAUGUAUAUAUAUGUAUGUGUGUGUGUGUGUGUGUGUGUGUGUGUGUGUAAAAUAUAGUGAAUCUACAAUGUAGAUAUUAAUAUACAGCAAAGUUUUAAAAAAAAAUUUGGAACGAUAAACAAAUCAACAAAUUGCUAGGCUUGAUAGCAGAAUACUAGUAGCUGUAGUAUAGAUUGAAGAAAAGAGUUGAGUAACAAGAGAUGUACAAAAAAAUAAAAUAAAUUAAAGCAGGUAAACACAAGCAUGGUAAAAUAGAGUAGGAGACACUGGAAUGCUGCAGAGCCUUCGGGCACAGCUCCAGGAGAUUGGUGGUGAUGGCGUGCAGGCACGUCCGCUGGAUCCUCUGGGCUCAGCCCAUUCCCUCCUCCUGCUUGGGUACGUCAACAUCAGUGUCCCGGCAUGGAGGUGAGUCUGGUGGGUGCCACUGUGCCAGCCCCAGGCACAACAUGAGCCUUUAACCUGUGCCCUCGAUUCUGGCUCCAUUUGGGGCCAACAAUGGGGGUUCUGGAUAUGAUGUUCUGCCCAGGCUUAGGGCAGUGGUUGGAGGGAUAACCUCUAUGGCAUGAAUAGUCGACCUUCGGCACUCCAAAUGUUUUGGACUACACCUUCCAUGAUGCUUUGCCAGCAUUAUAGGUGUAAGAGCAUUGUGUGGGACAUCCAUAACAUCUGGAGUGCCGAAGGUUGCUCUAGGGGCUCAAAGCCCAGGAAGGCAGGCGUGGGGACCAUUCUCAAUUACCCAGUACGGAGGCUCGGCUUGCGGGACAAAAUUCCAGUAACCAGCAGACGUCAUAGCUCAAAUAUGCAUCCAUUAACAGGCUGCCCAUUGUAGGCCGCAUAGUCUCCAUUGUGUAGGUGUACUGCAAGUGUCCGAUUGCUUGGAGGGUGGGCUUGCAGAUAAUCUGUACUGGUGUUGGCUGUCUCCAGUGGGGACCGGGUUAACCCCCACCGGUCCAUGGGGGAGUGGGGGAUCAGGGCUUGUGAGGAGUGUCAAAGAGCUGUUGUAUGGCAGCCAGGCUUAUGAGCAGGGCAGCGGCCGCCUGUCCCGCUGCUCUCCCGCCGCAAGCUCCAAAGUUUCAGAACACACAUAUGGGCCUCAAAACUCUUGGUCUCGGAGUCCACAUUAGCACCAAAAACUACUCUCAAACUUUGUGAGUCCACACAGCAUAGAUGGUUGCAGUAAUCUCUGAAUUUCUGCAUAAAAAGGCCAGAUUCUGCAGGAGCCUCUCCAGCAUGCAGCCGAUCAGUAUGGCAGACAGGCCCCGUCCUACCAAUAGGAAUCCUUAGUGGGAUCUGAGCGCUAUUUGGACAACUUGGCCGCUCAGAUACAGGCUGUCCGGGGAUAUGACAUUUAUGGGGGUUCCUAUCAGUUUUAUGUGCAUUAUGUAUUUUCAGUAUUUUGUAUUUUAUGCAUGGUGACUCAGAAUUUCGUGGGCGUCUUGUGGGAGUUUUUGUGUGCAGGAAUACUGUACUCCUAAAUUGCAUAAAAGCCGGCCAUCUGGCCUGAAUAAAAUUAUUCUUGCUGUAUUUACUUGCUGGAUUCACUUUCAUGCUGCACUUUGAUUCUUGGGAAUGUAUGAAUCAGCGCUCCGAACUGCAGGCUAUAAUCACCAAGUACCUAGCAGUUCAGGAGCACACGAACGAACGCGUGUACGAAAUACCAGUGUUCGUUACAUGUAAUUUAUAGUACUUUCCUAUUCUCACUUUGCCACUGGUUCAAAUGCUAAUAAAAACACCCUUUAAUUACAAUUGAGGUUACUCACCUACCACUGCACUUUAGAGCUAUGGUGUGUUUAGGGUUAGAGCAGUUGUUCCCAAACCAGUCCUUGUGGCCCACCGACAAUCCAGGAUUUAUGGAUUUCCCUGUUUUAUUCAAAUGGAAAUACUGACAAAACUUGAACGGUUGGUGGGUCAUGAUGACCGGUUUUGGAGCCACUGGGUUAGAGGGUCUUUAGGAUUAACCUUAAACAGUCCAAAUCCCAACUACCCCAUCAAUACUAAAAGUAGCCUGGAAAUGGCCUGAAUUAGAAUUGACUGAGAGACAAUUUCUGCAGUGUUGUGGUCAGAAUAGAGCUGUAGCCGUGUUAUAUAUGUUCCAUUUUCUGUUCAAACAUCCUUUGACAUCAGUCAGGCAUGCUGUUUGAAAGGUACAAUGUUGUAUAGCCCUGUAGCAGUCAAUUUUUUAUUUUUUUUUCGAAGAAAAUAAAAAAACAGCAUUGACUGUUUUCUAUUCUAUGAAAAGCCUUAUAUUUUUUUAAUAAAAUAUUAUUGCGCAGCAUGCAUUCCAUGAGCCAGAAACACAGCUUUUCCAAAAGACAUAAAGUUAAUGUCUAAUUCUUUGCUUUAAAAACCUGGGACAUUUAAAAAUAAAUAAAAAAUAAUAUAUAUAUAUAUAUAUAUAUAUAUAUAUUUUUUAAAUCUUUCUGUUUUCAGGGUAACUCUAGGAUAGGUUUCGGCCUUUUAGCUGUGGCUGUUUUGACUGCUCAGGGUGGUUUACUAAAGUAAGAAUUGCCAGGAAAUCAAAGUGAAUCCAAAGUGAUUUUCAAAAUUUAGGCCAAAGUAGCUGAAUUCAAAAAGGUUUUCUGUUUCUUAUGCAUCUAUUUUGUCCUUAAAUUCACUUUGAAAUCCUGGCAAUUCUUACUGUAGCGAAUAAUCCUGCACAUAGCUGAAUUGGCCCCAAGAUGCCUGUACAAAAUAGUAAAACUUUUCAGAUUUGUGCAGUGCACAUUAAGCAUGUACCGUAUAUACUCGAGUAUAAGUCGACCCGAAUAUUGAAAGUCGAGACCCUUAAUUUUACCCAAAAAAACUGGGAAAACUUAUCGACUAGAGUAUAAGACUAGGGUGGGAAAUGCAGCAGCUACUGGUAAAUUUCUAAAUAAAAUUAGAUCCCCAAAAAAUUAUAUUAAUUGAAUAUUUAUUUACACUGUGUGUAUAAAAUGAAUACAGUGUGUGUAUGAGUGCUGUGUGUAUGAGUGUAGUGUGUUUGUAUAGAAUACCGUGUGUGUGUGUAUGAAUGCAGUGUGUGUAUGCAGAGCCUUGGUGAGGGGUGGGCAUUUUUAUUUUUUUAAUCUUAUUAAUAUUUUUAUUUUAUUUUAAUAGUAUUUAAAUUUUUUAAAUUUAUUUUCGUCCCCCCUCCCUGCUUGUUAGCUGGCCAGGGAGGGGGGCUCUCAUACCCUGGUGGUCCAGUGGCAUGGGCUGUGUAGGAGGGGGCUGGCAGCGAGCUGUUACUUACCUUUCCUGUAGCUCCUGUCAGCUACCUUCUCCUGCGUUCCAGUCAGCUCCCCUGUAAGCUUCACGGUGUGACUGCCGCACGGAGCGUUGCCACGGUAACCCCUGGCAACGAUAUGACCCCGCGGCUCUCGCGAGAUUAACAGUGGAGCUGACCGGAACGCAGGAGAAGGGAGCUGACAGGAGCUGCAGGAAAGGUAAGUUACAGCUCGCUGCCAGCCCCCAACAGGACCGCCGGGCUUGUAAUGAGCCCGGCGGUCCUGGUCUGUAUUAUGGCAAUGUAAGUUGCCAUAAUACAGACAGUGACUCAAGUAUAAGUCGAGUGGGGGUUUUUCAGCACAAAAAAUGUGCCAAAAAAACGUGACUUUUAUACUCGAGUAUAUACGGUAAUUACAGCGCUUUUGCUAACUACAUUUUCACCCAUUUUAUGAUAUGCGCUUGAAAUUCCUGUCAUAUUAAUUUUAUAUGGGAGUUUGGGGCUGAGGAGCAUAAAAUGAGGCAAGCUAUACUGUUUAUAGCUAGAGGUUUUUGUAAAUUUGGCUUUGAAAAUACACUAUAUGGACAAAAUGAUCGGGACACACCUCUUAAUUAUUGAAUUCAGGUUUCGAUCAGGCCCAUUGCCACAGGUGUAUCAAAUCAAGCCCUUAGCCUUGCAGUCUGCAUUUAAAAACAUUUGUGAAUGUAGACUGAAGUAGAACUUGAAUUCAAGCAUGGUACUCUGAUAGGAUGUCACCUUUGCAAGAAGUCUACUCGUGAAAUUUCAUCCCUGCUAGAUAUGCCACGGUCAACUGUAAGUGGUAUUAUUGGAAACUGGAAGCAUUUUGUAAUGGUAGAAACUCUGCCAUGAAGCAAAGACCACGUAACGUCAGAGUGCUGAUGCACAUGCUGCGUAAAGUCAUUAAUGCUCAGCUAAUUCCAAAGCAGCAGAGUUCCAAACUUCCACUGGCAUUGAUAUCAGCACAAAAACUGCAAGGUCGGAGCAUCAUGGAAUGGGUUUCCAUAGUUGAGCAGCUGCAUUCGAGCCUCACAUCACCACGUAAAAUGUCAAGCGUUGGAUCAAGUGGUGUAAAUCAUGCCGCCACUGGACUCUAGGGCAGUGGAAACGUGUUCUAUAGAGUUACAAAUCACACUUCUCGAUUUGGCAGGUCUGAUUGGCGAGUUUGGGGGAUGCCAGGGGAAUGUUACUUAACUGACUGCAAUGUGCCAACUGUAUAGUUUGGUGCAUGAGGGAUAAUGGUACUGGGCUGUUUUUCAGGGGUUGGCUAGGCCCCUUAUUUCCAGUGUAGGGAUAUCUUAAUGCUUCAGAAUACCAAGGCAUUUUGGACAAGGCUAUGCUUACAACUUUGUGGAAAAGGUUUGAGGAAGGCCUUUUCUAUUCCAGCAUGACUGUGCCCCAGUGCACAAAGCAAGGUCCAUAAAUGGUUGGAUGAGUUUGGUUUGGAAGAACUUGACUGGUAUUCAUAGUGGCCCGACUUCAAUCCCAACUAACAUUUUUGGGAUGAACUGGAACGGAGAUUGCGUGUCAAACCUGCUUAUCCAACAUUUGCCUGACCUCACAUAUGCUCUACUUAUGAAUGGGCAAAAAUUCCCCCACAAACCCUCCAACACUCUUGUGGAAAGCAUUCCCAGAAGAGUGCAAAGGGGGGGAACCAACUACAUAUUAAUAACUAUGUAUUUAGAAUACUAUGUCAUAAAAGUCCCUGUUGGUGUAAUGGUCAAGUGUCCCAAUACUUUUGUCCAUAUUGUUUAUCCAUCUGGCUGAUGCUGAUAAGAGUUAUACUAAAAACAGCUGAGCUGAGUAAAGUUGUCCAAACCUGUUGUGUGACAUUAUUGAGUAUUUGGUGGAGUAGUUCAUUACAUUUAAAUCUGUGCUUUUAUUUCUGUUAUGACUGUAUGGUGUUUAAGCUUGUAUGAUCAGUGUUUAAUAAGGUGAACUUUGGAGUUAUGUAAGAAUUUAUGCACUGCAGGGUGUGUUUUAAGUGCCCUGCAGUAACCCUGGUACGUUUAAAUGAUUUAUUUCUAAACAGUGAGUUGUGGUUAGCUGGCCAAUAAGUUAGGCCAAAACAGCCACUUCAGAGACUUUUUUUUUUUUCCAGUUCAGUUACUUUGUCAUGCAAUCAUGUAUUCUCUAAACAUCAUUGAAUUCAGAGAUGACCAAAAUCUAGAUCUCAAUGGAGAGAGCUUCCAGCUCUCAUAGAGAAGGUGAAUGGUACCCUGUGGACCCCAGGUAAGUUGUCAAAGUCUUGGCAAACAGUUUGGCUACUUAAAUUGGGGGCACCAGGCCAAUGUAGUGGUUAUGGUGUUUGGAGUGUUAACAUACAAACACUGUCUACCUUGAACCACCAGAAUGGACAGGUUAUUCAUGUCCUACCUGAACAUGCACAUUGGAAGAAUGUACUGAAUGAGAUAACUGUAGAAUUAUCAUAAUGUUGUGGUAAUGCAUAGCAGAAUUUUUGAACACUCGAGAUGUAUAUUAAAUCUCAAUAUCCACUAAACAGAAACUUUAAAGCUUACAGAUUUGAAUAGUUUAUUUAAAAAAAAAUAAUAAUUUUUAAACGCCUAAUAUAGGCAAAAAUGAGGGUUUAGUUACAAUAUAUGAUCAUAUAUUGCAUAAGACUGCCACAACGUCCAUGUACCUCUAACACCCUAAUGUCUGCUCUCCUGAGAUUUACCCACUUACUUGGGGAAAAUCUUCGAUCUGGGUCUCACUGCAGUACAAAGUAUAAUAUAUUAUAUCAUUAUUUAGAGGAAUAAUGAGCCAAGUUUUUAAUUUUUAAAGUGAAUACUACCUCUCCUGGCUCUAGUAUAUACAUGAUUCACAGCUUAAAUAGCUGGAGGUUCUUCUAUUAUUGAAAGCUAAUAAAAUAGAUGGAAGACUCAUUCUACCAUUAGCUUAAAGGGAUAGACUAAUAACCAAAUUUACUAAAUCUUAUUGUGCAUAUAUAUUGCCCUUUUCUCAAUGAAUGUAAACCACUGAUUUGUAGCAAAUGGUAAUGUUUACAUUUGUCUAAGAAAAUACCUAUAGUUGCUGUCUGUUAAGGACCAAACUUCUGGAAUAAAAGGAAUAAAAGGAAAUCAUGACAUGUUACACAUGUCAUGUGUCCUUAAGGGGUUAAACGAGUACUAUAGGGUCAGGAACAAAACAUGUAUUCCUGACCCUGUAGUGUUAAAACCACCAUCUAGAACCCACCAGAAGUGGUGGUCAGAAACAAUCACAAUGCUUCCCCAUAGGAUUGGCUGAGACUUUCAAGGAGGCCGACCAGGGGCAGAGCCAGCACAAGUCAAACACAGCCCUGGCCAAUCAGCAUCUCCUCAUAGAAAUUAAUUGAAUCAAUGCAUCUCUAUGAGUAAAGUUCAGUGUCAGUAUGCAGAGGGUGGAGACACUGAAUGGCAGUGCUGCACAUUAGGCAGGACUGCUUAAGGAAGCAGAUUUAGCAGCCAUCUGAAUAGUGGCCAGUGGAGGUAUCCCUAGGCUGUAAUGUAAACAAUGCCUUUUAGUGUUAGACAGCCACUAGAUGUGCUUCCUGGGUCAGUGCUGCAUGAUAUGUAGUACUGACGUUCAGCGUCUCCAAGCUCUGCAUGUAGGUGCUGAACGUUCCUCAUAGAGAUCCAUUGAUUCAUUGUAUCUCUAUGAGGAGAUCCUGAUUAGUUCAGCACAGUGUUUUUCCGAGAAUGCGCAAUAGCCUCGCAAUGCUUUCCUGUGGAGAAAUCCUCAAUUUUCAUCUCCGCAAAGGGAGCGGGGGCAGAACCAGCCGCGAGGAGACCCGCGAGGUGCAGGAAAAAGGUGAGUAAAAUCACCUUUUCCUUUGCUAACAGGGGGGCCAAGUGCCUAAACAGCAUUAAUAGAAUUAUGUCAGGAAUACACAUUUUGUAUUCCUGACACUAUAGUGUUCCUUUAAGAACUUGCGAGAAUUUAAGGUUAAAAAUAUUAGACAUCAACACGCUCCACUUAAAGGACCACUAUAGUGCCAGGAAAACAUACUCGUUUUCCUGGCACUAUACUGCCCUGAGGGUGCCCCCACCCUCAGGGUCCCCCUCCCGCCCGGCUCUGGAAGGGGGAAAGGGGUUUAAACUUACCUUUUUCCAGCGCUGGGCGGAGAGCUCUCCUCCUCCGAUCCUCCUCUUCUCCUCCCCGUCGGCUGAAUGCGCACGCGCGGCAAGAGCUGCGCGCGCAUUCAGCCGGUCACAUAGGAAAGCAUUCAUAAUGCUUUCCUAUGGACGCUGGCGUGCUCUCACUGUGAAAAUCACAGUGAGAAGCACGCAAGCGCCUCUAGUGGCUGUCAAUGAGACAGCCACUAGAGGAUUAGGGGGAAGGCUUAACCCAUUAAUAAACAUAGCAGUUUCUCUGAAACCGCUAUGUUUAUUAAAAAAUGGGUUAAACCUAGCUGGACCUGGCACCCAGACCACUUCAUUAAGCUGAAGUGGUCUGGGUGCCUAGAGUGGUCCUUUAAUAUUACUGAGCACCAUUGAACUGUCUCAAUGAGAAACGUUGGAUACUUUAGAAUAUAUAAAAUGUUUUGUCUUAUCCCUAUAUUCAUUUACACAAAAUAGAAAAAAAAUUAUUGAAAAUUAAAGGAGUCCAGAGAGUUAUGCACUGAUUUUAAACAAUUAUUAUUUAUACCUCCUUGGCCUAGGUUACAUGGAAAAGCAACAGUAGACAUUAACUCCAUGAAGGUCGGUUUUGUAAAUGCAAUCCACUGAUCCAAUGAAAGACUGUUUUUUAAAUUUAAUUAGCUAGAUAAUAAAACUCUGUCCAGAACUAUAAGGGGUUUAAUUAUGAAAUGGUAAAUUGUGAUGAAUUGAUCAGAAUAGAAUGUAGGAGACAUUUGCUGACUUGACUUGUAUGUCUAGGUUUGCCUGAUGACUCAGACUAAUUCCCCCCAAAAAGCAUUUUCAUUGGGGGUAUAUCUAAAAACCGCUUAAUAAAGCUGUAGUUCCAUUGACUUACAGCAUUUGCAAGUCCUCUUCUUCUUCCCCAACAGAGACUUUCUGUGGCUGUCCAAUCACAGAUUUCAGCUCAAUGAGAAGUUUUUGUGAGGAUGUGCUCUGAGAAAUGACCUGUCUCUUGUGUUUAGCUCCACUGAGCUGAACAACCAAGAAGUAGCAGAACCUGUUGUUUUAUUUUUCUCACACACCCCUCCUUGCAGUGUUCAUUUAUAAAAUUGGCUAGUUUCUAUUAAAAUCUGCUACUUUCUGUAAAAUGAAGAAAAAGGACACUCUUCACAAAAUGAAUGCUCUAGCGGUUUGGAAUGUCCUAAGUACAGUAGGGAAAAAGCCUAAUGUGUCCUUUGAUAGAACAUAACUUGUAUGUCUAUUGCAUCAGUUUUCCAUGGGCAGAGUGCCCAAAUACUGCAUACUACAAUUGAAAACGGAGUCUUUGCCAGGGCCACAUUUUAUUGCUUGUUUGACAACUCUCCACUGAUUUUCAAGUAAAUAAACCACUCAUUGUCUGUCUAUGAUCAUGAUGAACUGCCAAUUAAUGUAAAGAAAAAAAUGAUAACCUUUCAGCUUUGUAUUCUGCUGAAAAAAAACCCCAAAAAACUAUUUGUGCUUUGAUAAUUUUCUUUUUCCCUUUUCUUCCUUCCUUCCUUCCUUCCUUCCGUAAGUAGAUAAGGCAUUUUUAAUGGUUUUUAUUCCUGUUCUCCCCCACCUUUUUUAUGAUUCCCAUGUGUCCCCCCCCAUACUUCCCCCUCCGAGCAGGCAUCCAUGCUGGCAGUCGUGCAAAUGCUUCCUUGUGAAUUAACUUCCAAAAUGGUUGCUGAUACUAAUGCAGAGUGCCAGGCAAAAUACAUCAGGAAUGUGACCUCUUUUUUAAAAAAAAUAUUUUGCCUUCAGGUAAAUUAUUCUCAUCCUCACCAUUUUUAUGGACCUAUAAAUGUGUAUCAUUUGAAGAGUAUAUGUGUGAUUUUUGUAUUGUAAUUACUCUAUGGUGUGAAUACUGCAAAAAUAAAUAUAUUGUUAAAUUGGGUUGAGCACCAGCAUUCUAAGAUUACAGAUCUAUUUUCAAGGUUUUUAAGAGCACCACAAUGUAUCAAAUAAGCAGAUUGAAUUAGUGGUCUGUUUCAUAUCCUUCAAACUAUGUCUCCUAUUCAUAGAUGGUCUAAACCAGCGUUCCCCAAUUGGUGUUCCAUGGAACCCUGGGGUUCCGCGACAACACAAAUGGGGUUUUGCCAAAAUUUCUAAAAACAAAAUGUGAUCUCCCUGCUCAGCUCCCUUGCGCGCACAGCAGUGAUGCCGAAGCCGGAAUAUGAUGUUGCUCUGGCAUCACUAAGAGGUGUGCAAGGGAGCAGGGAGAUCACUGCUCCCUCGCCGCCAGCCGCUCAGGGACCGCACGAUCAGCCCAGCAGACCCAUUGGACCACAUGGACAUAGAUACUCCAUGCCAGCACUACCUAAGGUAAGGGGCUGGGGUGUGGGGUGUCUGGAGCUUCGCAUAUACAUUUUCCUCGGGAAACCUGUGCGGCUAGCUAAUAUCUUUGAUACAUUCAUGAUUUUUAGAAUUAUAAAAUACAUUGACUGUGUUGGAAUUCAAACACAAUCAAAAGAUAUACUGAGAGUAGUAUGGAUUUCUGAGAAUCUCACAGUCUCGCAAGAUCUUCAAUAUACCUCAGUGUUGUACUCUAGCGCAUGGCUGACUCCAUCGCUGACGUGGGUUGCUGGCAACUGUAGUGCCAGAAGAUGAAGGUGACAGGCAGGAAGAGCAUGGUAUGGGACAGGUUCAGGUAUGUGUAACUCUCCUAAUCCCGUACUUUUUGAGAAUUAUGCAAAGUCUCCAGAUGGUGACAGAAGAGCUUUUACAAUUUAUUUUGUCACCCAAAUUAUGUACAUUGUUUUAGCUUGGUGACUCCGUGUUCAAUUGUACAUUUAGCUCCCUGACACUUCAGAGGUAAUGUAAGCAAAUGUUUUUUAGAAAACAAAACUAUUUGUCUCUUCUCAGUAUCCGAUGGAUCCCCAGUUGACUGGGAAAGACGAUUGCAAUACAGUAAACAACUUAUUUUGGGCAGUUGUCUUAGUUAUGAUAAAAUGAUGAGGCUAUUAUUUCUAAUGGGGACUCAUUUUAGCUUGGUCACCCAAUAGAAUAAACACUGCUUCUUCAGCUUGCUGAAAAACUUUGUGUCUGAAGUCUGCCAUUAUUUCUGGUCAUUUAUAAAAGUGCUGAUUACAAUAGAAAGCUGUAGAGGCUUUCUUCUUCUCUUGGCACCUCUGAGCUAAUGGAUGUGGCAAGCGUGCUAAGCUAGUCUUGGUGGUCUUUGAUUCAUCUGUUGUAAAAUAUCAAUGGUUUCUGGGUUAGAAGAGUGUCUAUGUGACGCUGUUCAUGUUAGGUAGGUAUUUAAAUGAACAUUAUAGUCACCUAGACCACUUGAUCUCAAUGAAGUGUUCUGGGGUCAGUGCUCUUGUCAUUUUAAUUCUGCAGUGUAAAACAUUGAAGGUUUUUUUUAAGGUUUACAUUGUGGCCGUUAAUUCCACCUCUAGUUACUGUCUUCCUCCUCUGGAAUGAGAAAUUUGGGAAUGGACAAAAGCUUAGAGAACCUCAAUAGCUUGACCUGAUAGCAGCAUUUGAUUGGAGGAAUGCAGCAUUUAGUUUAGCCACGCAUGCGUACCUCCAAUUCAUUGCUUUGUAGGUGACGCAGGCAGCUGCAGCAGAGAAGUUCUGGUGUUGGGAAUAAGGUGAGUGAUUGUAGGCUAGCAUUGCUAAAUCUGAAAACAAAAACAACUUUAUCAUUUUAUUUAUUUUUCUUCUCGAAUUGAUAAUUCCAGUAUAGUGGAUAAAGAUAAAUAUAUAAUAGUAUUGGCUUGUGAACACAUCAUUGUAUGCUUAUAUUUGCAUAUUUGGGCAUCAUCCUAAAUUUGUAACUGGCAAGUCAAUGUGUUGUGUUACAUUAUAGCAUACAUAUUUUGAUCACACAUGGCCUUCUGAUGUGUAUGCCAAGUCCUAAACCUGUGUAAAUAACCUUUAGACUGUAGCAUGUGUUUUACCUUUUUAUUGUUAUACCAGUUCAAACCUUGGUUCAUGUUUCAUUCAGAGUAGGGACAGCUCAGUCAUUCCCCUUUCUGAGCUUUUUAGAGUUCAAAUGAGACCGGUAAUAAUAAAGUCUAUGCCUGUAAAACCUAUGUUUAAAAUGAUAGUUGGUGCUAUCAUUAUAUUUUAACAUUGACCCCAAAUCAGUAUUUGUCAUGCUCAAUGUUUUAUAUAUUUAAAGUAAAUUAUAUUGAUGUCUGUGAAAUUAUGUUUGCAGGCCAUAUUAACAGCAUAAGAGUAAAAUAUGUAGACCUAUAAACAUUGUUGAUAAGAUAAUGAUUUCCGAACACUGAGAUUACAUUUAUUCAUGUCUGUGCAGCAAUUACACAAUGUUUUUAUGUGAUCUUUGCCUGUUCAGUGUAUUUUUAACGUUCCAGCUCUAUUGUGAAAGUAGAGACUUGUAGAGACUAAUAAUGAGGCCUCACUUAAUUGUAAUAAACAUUUCAUGGUUUUGUGACAUUAUGACAAGUUAUUUUAGCUCUUGUUCCCUUAUACACCGACAUUAAAGGAACACUAAAGGGGGGGGAGGUGGCCCUGUCCCUUUUAUGUGCAAAAUGUAUAAACCAAAGUAGCAACAACAGUACAUUUAAACAAACAAGAAAUGGCUUUGAAAUCAUUUGUCAAGAUGUAAUCGGCAAUAAUUCUACGGACACACAAGAGAAAGUAAAAUCUCUCGUGUCCGUAGAAUUAUUGACUAUUACAUCUUGACAAAUGAUUUCAAAGCCAUCUCUUGUUUGUUUACAUAAUAUGACACAGAGAGGAGUAGAGGUAAUUCCUGCCCUUUUUAACCAUGCAAUGCAAAACCUUUCCAGCUACAGUGCUGCUUCUGCCGCACUCAGUGAGUGAAAUGGUGUGACGUGAUGCGGAAGCCUUUAGGAUUGUAUUGAAUACAAUGUUUUCCUAUGCUGAAGCUUGGAUGCACUUUGCUUUCUGCGCAUGUGCAUCAGGUAUCUAAUACUACUCCAUGAGGAGCAGUGGAUGAUGUCACGGGAGGCAGACAGGUGAGCAGCACUGAAGAAGCCGUUGCUGGAAAAAGGCAAGUAAAAUUCUUAGUUCUGAAACUAUUGGGAGGUUUGAAAUGGCUUCCAAUAAUUUCAGUGGGAGUCAGCUGCAAUCAUGCCACACAGUGUGAAUGCCCGAAUUGCAUAUUUAUGCCCGUUGUGUCCCUUCAAGAACACUGUAAUCCCUUUUGCUUACCAGUGUGAAGUGUUCUUUGUUUCCUAGUGGAUUGAGUGACUAAAGCAUUUUUUAAAUCCAGACUGGGCUGGGUGGAUUGUGUCAUUGUGUCGUGUUAAAAAAAUAAAUGAAGAAAAAUAUUUUCCAUUUUUAUAUGCAGUUAACAAAAUGCAUUUUCCUCUACCAAUUAGCUUAUCCAAAAUGAUGGAUGCAAUGAUGUAUAUGACUCAAGGCAGUUAGGCGCUGCCCUAUGUUGAGAACAUGUUAAUGGAAUUUGUUCAGAUACUGGGUCUUUUUUUGUGUUUUUUUUUUUGUUUGUUUUUUCUGUUCCAGACCUAAUUGUUUUUUUUCAUUUCUCCUGUUACUUUAAUCCUUAACACUAUUUAUUGUAUCUGUCAACAGUGAGUGAUUUUUGCCUCUGCUUGAAAGAGCAAGAAUACACUGUAACAAUAUAUUUAAAGACCCUAUGCUCACCAGAACAACUACAGCUUAAUGUAGUUGUUCUGGUGAGUAUAAUAGCUCACUUAAGGCAUUUUUAUGUAAACACUGUCUUUUCAGAAAAAAGGCAGUGUUUACAUUGCCCCUAGGGACACCUCCAAGUGCUUCCAGGCUCAGUCCUGCAUAGUAAGCAGCCCUGCCAUUCAGCGUCCCCACGCUUUGCAUGGAGACACUGAAUUUUCCACACAGAGAUGCAUUGAUUCAAUGCAAAUCUAUGAGGAGGUCCAGAUUGGCCAAAACUGCAUUUGGCCCCGCCCCUGUGCCGAUUUUACCCAAUCCAAUGCUUUGCCAUGGCUAAAAAUCGUCUGUUUUGAUCAUGUCACAAAGGGGGCGGUGCCAGCACUGGCAGACCCGCGCGACGCUGGAAAUAAGGUGAGUUUUAAAGGGUUAAGGGGGGGGCAAGCCACCGAUAUGGUGGGUUUAACACUAUAGGGUCAGGAAUACAUGUUUGUGUUCGUGACCCUAUAGUGAUCCUUUUAAGGUUUAAUUGCUAUGUAAAGUAAACCUAACCACAUUUAUCAUUUAAUAUAUCAGGUUCCUGCUCAUUUUGUAAAUCAAAAGAAACAAAUAUCUUUCUUGUGUUUUAAUAUUUACUUUGGAGCCUCAUAUGGUGCUGUGGAUUGGAUGAUGUGCCCACUGAUGCUGUCAGCAUACUCAUCCAACCUAAUCAGCUAUAAGGUGCAUGUCAUUUAUUCUAAAAUGAGAUGUCUGCAAAGAUACCUAGCAUAUUUAUUACUCCGUCGACCGUGAUCUUUAAUUAUUACUAACAUUUCACAGCUCUUUACAAUUAUUCAAUUCAGUAACAAUUCUUUGACAAACAAAGUAAUGUUGACAAAUAGGAUGGCCUUGUUUAACCCCUUAAGGACCAAACUUCUAGAAUAAAAGGGAAUCAUGACAUGUCACACAUGUCAUGUGUCCUUAAGGGGUUAAAUGAUCAUGUAACCUAGGAGGAAGUGAGGUAAAGGAAGUAGCCUGCACCUUUAGUUGGUUCCAGCUCAGAUACCAUUCUGUUUUGAGCUCAUCUUGUGUGUUACAAAAAGAACCAGGCCCAUUUGCACCCAAAAGGGCAGUCCAGAUCCAAAAUGCAGGCAGGCUCUCUUUGCAUGCAGCCCCAGACAAUAAUUUCAACCUUAGUCAGUGAGGUAUAGCGGAUACCCCUCUAAUCACCAUGAGCAAGGGGUCCAUGUCUGGCUUACCCUUUAAACUUGAGGAGAGCACAAAAACAAGGUGCAAGAGAGUACGGAGAACAACAGCCCUGAGCGAGGAUUUACCUUAAGCUAUGUUUAAAAAAAUAAAAAUGUUUUGAUAUUCUUUAUUUUUGGAGUGCAUUGGAUAUAAAUCAAAAUUACGUAGACACUGCUAGUAAGACAGAAACAGCCUAAAGCAUAGGUAUAUCAUGCGGUGUGGAGGAUACUACACUUUUUUUUCUCAACAAGAGAAACCUCAAAAACACAGUUUGAUGUGGGUAAGACAAUGGUAGAAACUGGCACUGUAAAUAAGUUACAAGACUUGUAUAAACCCCUGGGUUUGAAGGUUAAACUCAUGGCAAAAGCUUAAUUAGGAGAUAAAAAAACAGAAAAGAACAAUAAAUAAUGCAAGUAUGUUAAUUAAUACAAUCCCCAGGCUUCAGGCAAUGAUUGAGUCACCAACUACGGAAGUCGAUACCCAGCCUUGACCAGCCACCUCCACUGUGCCAAAGCACACAAGCAGCACAGGAAUCUCCUCCAUAGGCAGACCUACUGAUCCCCAGCCAGGGCUCUCUUCCGCCAACUGCAGAUGUCAUGUCGCCGCUGACAUGAGUGAUAGGCUUCUCUGGUAACAAGCCAGGCUGUAGCAAGUGUGGAAGCCAGCACUCAUCCAGGAACACGUGUGAGAGAUCCAUCCAAACCUCACAGGCCAUCUUGACGGACCUUGGGGGCUGGAACACGGCCUGCAGGAGUAAAGGUGAGAGCCCUCUUUCGGAGAGCUUCACCCAGAAAGUUGCACAAACACUGUCACAAUUCAAGAGGAGCGAAUCCUCGAGCAAGGAUGACUGUGCAAAAAGUGCAUCCAGCUGAACCAGAGGCUUGAGGCCAUUUUGAGAGCCAGGUCUCAACCCUCUAAUUCAGCUGCAGGAUGGAAUUCUGCCAGUACACCAGUGUGGACUUGGAUAUAUCCCGCUGGUUUAGAAAGGGGUAGGGGAUAAUAGGGCCUUAGGCGAGUAUAGUCCAGAUCAAGGCUGAGGAGGGGCUGCAGGAAAGCAGAUCAUGGGCUGUGAACACCAGCUGCUAGCUUAAAGCUAUUAGAUAAUCAGCAGAGAACUAUCUGGGGUUUCAUGCAGUAGUGGUGAGUUUUAGACUCUUAGUGUUGAUUCCCCUGAGGAACUCCAGCACCAUGCGACCGCCUGAUCUCUAAGCUUUUGUCCUUUCUCAGAGCCCUCCUAGUCUGUUUAUUGCAGUGCAUUAACUUGGCUCUCCCCAAGUGCAAAUGGGUAACACAGAUGUGAACCAGACAUGCUGACUGUGCAUAGGUAUCGGCUACAUGUCGCAGAUAAGCCACAAAAAAGACCACAAUGUUCUUCCGGGGCAGCUGUAUCUCUCGUUUACAAAGUACUUGCCAUCACUUUUUGGUUCUGGAAUGUCCUUAGGGUGUGAGGAGUUUGAUAUGCAAUAGUAUAGGUUCACUCUGUAAUAGCACAUUUGAGCAAAAACUAUUUUGAGACAUGAGCGGGGAUUUACUGAAUGGCAAGCUACAGAGUUUCUCUAAGCCUUUGUCUGUUCUCAUAUUACCUGUAUUUGUUGCAUAGGAACACAAUGGGAACAAUGUGCUAGAGACAGGUAGAGAUUGACAAGUACGAUGCCUGUGAAAAAAUUUAGCUUCAGUUGAAGUGGAAGUUAAAGUGUAAGUUGAUUGUCAAUUGGAAAAAAAAAUACAUAUGUACUUUUGUUAAGAAAGUAAUGUGUAUAACUAAGCAUAUUUAUAAUUUUAUCUUUCCAUCCCCAUUGUUCUACGAAUAGGACUCCAAAGGUAAUUUCUGGAUGGGUUCACUCCUUCUGGUGUAGGCUAAAAGCAAUUCGAUUUGCAUGAAGUGGCUCAAACAAACUUUUGCACAAGUCAAGUGCGAGCCUGCACCGUCUGACGUAGCAACAGUCUGGUAACUCACUGGGAGUCCUCUGCUUUUCAGUGUAUUAUGCUAUUGCCAAAAAAACACCCCCCUUUGCAGGGCAUUUCUACCUAUGCAAGAGGACACUUCCACCAUUGGCUACUUAGUAAGACUUGCACACUGUGAUGAUACCUCUUUUUUUGCGACAUACAGUUGUGCUCAAAGUUUGCAUACUCUUGGAGAAUUGGUAAUAUAUGUACCACUUUUAAAGAAAACAUGAGUGAGCAGGCUAAACCUAUUUCUUUUAUUUCUUAUGGGAUUCAUAUUCAACUGUAGGUUAUAACAGAAUGGCACAAUCCUAAAACAAAACAUGACGAUAAAGAAAAAAAUGAAAUGACCCCUAUUAAAAAGUCUGCAUACCCUUCAUUCUUAAUACUGUGUAUUGCCCCCUUUAGCAUCAAUGACAGUGUGAGUCUUUUGUAAUGGUUGUCAAUGAGGCCCCUAAUUCUUGCAUGUGGUAUAGCUGUCCACUAGUCUUGGCAAAAUGCCUCCAGGUCUUGCAAAGACUUUUGGUUGUCUUGCAUGAACCGCACGUUUGAGAUUUCCCCAGAGUGGCCCAAUGAUAUUAAGGUCAGGUGACUGUGAUAACCACUCCAGAACCUGCACCUUUUUCUGCUGUAACCAUUAGAGGGUCAACUUGGCCUUUGUUUAGGGUCAUUGUCAUGCACAGCCUUUUGCAAAAGAAGGCAAAUUGUCUGCCAGUAUUUUCUGAUAACAUGCUGCAUUCAUCUUGCCAUCAAUUGUCACAAGAUGUCCCUGCGUAAUGGCUCACUGCUGCAAGUUCAACAUCACAUCCACCAAGGAAGAAAAGGAAGCAACAGAGAGUAACAUGGUUCACCAUGCUAGCACAUGGCGUCUGCACAUCUGCUCUGCAGCACAGCCAAGAAGGAACAGAGAGGAAUGGAGAAAGGGGGGAGUGGUCAUCUCUCUCCUGACUUGUAAAGGUAUUGAAUUACCCAGUUACCAUUUCAAAAGGUAAAGCUUAUCCCACUGUACAUUAGCUUGGUCACGUGAUCCCUGGUCACCAUAUUAGUUUGAUGAGAGAAUGUCACCACACCUGCAUUUAGAGCUCACCUCCCCCCGCCCAAAAAAAAACAUCAGUGAGCCACCACCAUGCUUCACAGUGGGGAUAGUAUUCUUUUCACUAUAGGCCUUGUUGACCCCUCUCCAAACAUAGCACUUAUGGUUAUGACCAUAAAGCUCUAUUUUGCUCUUGUCACGCCAAAUUACAGUGUGCCAGAAGCUGUGAGGCGUGUCAAGGUGUUGUCGGGCAUAUUGUAACUGGGCUUUUUUUGUGGCAUUGGCACAGUAAAGGCUUCUUUCUGCCAACUCCACCAUGCAGCUCAUAGUAUCGUUGUAUUGUGUUCCAGAGCAGCCUAUAUUUCUCCUGAGGUUACCUGUGGAUUUUUCUUUGUAUCCCGAACAAUUCUUCUGGCUAUUGUGGCUGAAAUCUUUCUUGAUCUACCUGACCUUGCCUUGCUAUCAAGAGAUCCCCAAAUUUUCAAUUUCUUAAUAAGGGAUUGAACAGUACUGACUGGCAUUUUCUAAGCUUUGAAUAUCUUUUAAUAUCCUUUUUCAUCUUUAUAAAGUUCCAUUACCUUGUUGCACAGGUCUUUUCACAGUUCUUUUCUGCUCCCCAUGACUCAGUAUGUAGCCUGAUCAGUGCAUCCACGUGAGAGCUAACAAACUCAUUGAGUAUUUACACAGAGACACUAAUUGCAAUUUUAAAAAGCCACAGGUGUUUGAAAUUAACCUUUAAUAGCCAUUUAAUAGUCACUUUGUGUGUAUGUAACAAGACCACUCAUUCAAGGGUAUGUAAACUUUUGAUCAGAGCCAUUUGGGUGAUAUCUGUUAUCAUUAUGAUUUAAAAAGGAACCAAAAAACUAUAUGAUAAUAAAUGGCUUCACAUGAUCACUAUCCUUCAAUAAAUUACUUUGAUUUAAUUUUUUUUUUUCUUUGCAUGAUCCGUCAUAUUUCUGCCAGGUUAUGCAAACUUUUGAGCCCAACUGUAGCUCCUUCCCUUACCCCUCUCAUACCUCUGUAUAUUAGGUGAUAUCAUAUGUGAUGGGGUUCCAAUUAUAGAGGGAGUAGAGUCUUAUUUACAUAUUGUGCGAAUUACAAGCAUAUGCACAGUUUAAAUUUAUUUGUGCCCAAUGCUUAGUCGAAGUGUGUAUGUAAGCCAUAUCCUGGAUUGAAAGAAAAUGUUAUGUGAGUUUAUAAUAUGUUAGUUUUCCAGAAAUGUACCUAAUAAAUUAUUGAUCAAUAUACUACAUAUUCACUCUAAGAUUCAGAGUGGUCUACAAUAAAUUAACCAUUAGGGAACAACAAAUUCUCUAUAUUUUGUUAUAAAGGAAAUGGAUCCUAUAUUUCUCUUCCAUUUAAUUUUCAUAUUUGAAGAGUAGAAGUAUAUAAACCAUUUUAAUUUAAUCUUGCAUUACAAAUUAGACACGGAUGGCUUAUUAAAUACAUAUUGCUCAUCUUUCAAAAUGAAUCAGUCCUAUCACACAACCAUGCACAUUGCAUGUUUUGACAAUUAGUUGAUAUUGCAUUCCCUUGUCUUGUUAGACACUUAUUUGAUUAGUGACACUACCAACAAAAAGGACUGAUAGAUAAAUUAAUGUGAAAGCUGUGUUAAAUCUACUUCUGCUUGUUCCCAACCGCACUCAUUUUCAGGGACCGAGGAUAUGAGUUUUCUCUACUGGUUACAGAAGGAAAUAGUGUUUUUACACAUAGCAACAGGACUUUUCGAUUUACAUUAUUGAUUGUGCGGAUGUGGCCUGCUUUUGGUUGCAUAGUGAUGAGAAAGGAGCAGUGCGUGUGGGGAAAAAAAGGAAAAACAAUACAACGGUUUUAACAUCAAAAUGAAAAGCUGGCAAGAUUGUAACCUUGCAAAAAACAAUAUGUGUGCACAAACCACAGUGCAAUAAGUGCUCAACAGAUAAAUAGCAGAAAAAAACCUCCCUGAACCAGGUAGGAUUUCCCCGAAGACUUCCUCCUGUCUUCAACAGAACAUGUAUAGCAAAAAAGGGGAUGAUCUGCUAAACAAAUGACAAGAACAGUGCAUAGCGCAUAACUGUGUGUAUGAGUAAACCAAAUGUGUAGUUUUCAAAUGGCCACUCACACUUUCGUUGAAAUAAGAAUGCCUUGAAAAUAAAUUGCUCUUUUCAGCAAGAUAAAUUGCUCUUUUCAGCAUAAAUGCCCUUCCAGGAAUGAUUCUUCCACCACUUUUAAACUCUCAUGGAACAGUUAAAAGGUGUGUGCUCAAAGAAAAAAACAGAACUUGUAGUACAUAUUUAAAAAUGUAGAAAAAAUAAUUUAAUCACUUACAUCUAAAUAUAAAACAAUGGAUGUAAUCUCACUGUCACCACCAGGGGUCCUACGCGUUUCGUCCGUAUGUAGGACUUCCUCAGGGACUUCAGUGACCAGAAAUGACAGCAUACAAGUGAACAAUAAACAACCCUUCCCUUCUCCACCCUUUAUACCUCCCCCAAUGUCCACAAAACUCUUCAUCCAAAUCAGGUGCUUGAAUUUUCAGUUCGGUGGCCGAUGUCUAUGACGUCAUCCUCAUGCGUCCGUCGAUUUCGCAUGCGUUCCACCAUGCGUUCCACUGCCGAAACCCGGAAGUGCUUUAUGCCUUCUAUGUAUGAAUCACGUAUUUCUAUUCCAAGUCUCUCUCAUUAGAGGCAGAUUUAAUAUACAUGGACCGGAGGCAAGAAGAAAGGGGGGGGAAAGGGAAAGGGAGGAUUAUACACUUCAAAUAGUACUACAAGAUUCCAGAUAUAUAUAACUAUCACAGCCUAAUUAUACUUAAUCACAAUAAAACUAUAUACACUAUAUAAUAUAUGUGCACAUAGAUCAAAUUAAAAUCAAAUAAAGAUAUAUAAUAUUAAAUAAACAAACUAACAUAACAAAAAUAAAUAAAUAAAAAAGCAAAAUAAAAAUAAAAAUAAAAAAUAAAAAUAAAUAUAAAUAUAAAAUCAUAAUUGUAAAAAUAUAUAAUAAGAAAUAAAGAUAAAAAUAAAAAUAAAAAUAGAGCACACACACUUAUAAGGUGGACAAAACGUGAUAUCCCAAUUUAUGUUGCAUUUUUUCAAAUAUUCCAUAAGAUAUAAAGUAUCCAUACAUUAUUAUUUUUCUCCUCUUUUUUUCCUUUAAUGGAAGCGAACCUGGUCCUAUGGAAACGUUUUAUUGAUGACGUUAUAAUGAUUUGGCAAGGAUCACAUAAAGAACUGCAGUUAUUUUUGGAUUACAUCGGCAAUAAUGACUAUGGCUUAAAAUUCACUUGUGAGAUAGACCCCAUUACAAUUAAUUUUUUAGAUGUCUGCUUCUUUGUUGAAAAUCAGACUGUACAGUCCAAAUGUUAUUUUAAAAAAACUGAUGGUAACAGUUACAUACAUAGAAAGAGUUGUCACCAUGAUAAAUGGUUGGAGACUAUCCCAAGAAGCCAACUAACAAGAAUACGACGAAACUGCUCAAGAGAUAUAGAUUACCAUGAACAUAGCAGAAACUGCUAUGUUUACAUAUGGGUAAAUCCAGCCUCCAGUGGCUGUCUCAUUGACAACCGCUAGAGGCGCUUCUGUGCUUCACACUGUGAUUUUCACAGUGAGAAGACGCCAGCAUCCAUAGGAAAGCAUUGAGAAUGCUUUCCUAUGAACGGACUGACUGACUGCGCAUGCGCAUUCAGCCGAUGACGUCCAAAGGAGGAGGAGAGUCCCCAGUGCCGGGGGAGCUCGGCGCUGGAGAAAGGUAAAUGUUUAACCCCUUCCUCCAACUUCAGCCCCGCGGGAGGGGGGCCAUGAAGGUGGGGGCACCCUCAGGGCACUAUAGUUCCAGGAAAACGAGUUUGUUAUCCUAGCACUAUAGUGGUCCUUUUAAGGUGCAUGAAUUAAAAAAAGUAUUUUCAGUUAUCUAUAAAUAGAAGUCGAUUUUAGACUUGUCAGAUGCAAAGACAGUGAUAUUUUGGCCUUUUUGUUUUUAGGACAUGUCACAUUACUGGGAUUAACUUGAGUCAGGUCUUGCCAAUGUCACAAGACCAGUUGGCCAGCUUGAAGCAGACCGCUUAUUAAGGGUUUGUAUCACCUUGAGCAGAUGUUUGUAGGUGUCCAUCUGUUUAGCUGAGCAAUGCCUUUUUUUUUUUUUUCUUUUUUUUUUUUCAAAUACCUAGCCAGAGGAGAAAGGAGAUAAGUUGGAGGGAGGUGGGGAAAUAUGAUGUACAAUAGAAUACUAACCAUUUCACACACACACAAACAAAAAAACAUUCAAAUGCAGUUUAAAAAAACAAACAAAAAAAAACAUUAAAAACUUGAUAUCUAAACCUUCAAGAAAGGCGUAAUGAGAUUACCGUAUGUGUAAUGAGCAGCGUUCACAGAAAGGAGUAUGCAGUGAUGUUUUUCUUUCAUUGCACGUGUGCUUGACCUGUACAAGUAAAUACUUUCAAAAUAUCCUUCAAUUAGUAACUUGUGACCCACAUUCUGCUGUCCCUGAUCACUCCUCAAAAAUGUCCUACUUUUCCAGUUUACAAUACAAAAAAUGUAGCCACAACUUACUUAAAUGUGCGUUAUAUCUAUACACUCGGUAAAAGAUUCAUUGGCCGUUUUAAUGAGCGAAGGGGCAUGCUUUGGAGACUUAGCACCCUCCCUCAAACUGUAAAAAAUAAAUAUUUAGGGUAUCUCUCUGCACCACUACACCACUAUAUAUAUAUUCUAAUUCUUCUUUUUUUUUAAUUUUUUUUUUAGGGUAAUUACAUGCACAUGGACACGCAUACAUAGACCAGAAAAAAUGGGAAUUGGAGGUACACCUAGAACAUGCAUUUCUGAGUAGUGGUGCUGUAUUUUACACAUACACAGACAUGCAUUGAUACAAAUACAUUGAGGCUCCUAAAGAAACACAUGUGGACACAUAAACACAGACUCACACAUACAAACACAACACUUGUGAGUAAGGUACCAAUAGGCAGGUUCCUGCUCUGGCAACAGGGGGGUACACUGCACUGCCUUCUGCCUGUCACUCAAGAUGGACCACAUCGAAUCUUAUUACGCCACUGAAUAAGCGUUUCCAGGACCAACUUGCAUAACACGCAUUUGCUAUUCUCUCACCUUUAACCCCUUAAGGACCAAACUUCUGGAAGAAAAGGGAAUCAUGACAUGUCACACAUGUCGUGUCCUUAAGGGGUUAAAGAAGACCUUCUUGUGCUGAGUUUUGUUUUCCAAGGACAAAUCAUUUUGAAGGACAUGUGUAGAUUAUAAUUGUGGCAAACCUAGCCACUUGGACUAAACAGAGACAAUAUGUUUUUAAGGGUUGCCUGUAUCUUUAAUACCAUUGUAUAUGUGCCUGGUUGUAAUCUGCUGUAUCCUGUAUGCUGUAUGGCUUGUAUUGGCUAUCGGCCGAAAGCAGAUAGUCAUUUUCUAUUUCAUUUCACGAACGGCACCUUUGCGAGCUGUUCGUGAACUGAAUGAACUAUCUGUUAAUAGCCCACACACUAAGGGACGUGUGGCGCUUGUUAAUUAGAGGCUCUUCUAGGUGGCCGACGUUCGGCUACCGACCACGCGGCGGUCGCCAUCUUGGAUCCUUUGUUCCCCAGCGGUGUUUGGUCAUCGAGCGCAUGGAACUGAAAACAGCUACUCGACGGCGUGAACACCGCUGGGCUCCCAGACCGUUCGGGAGUCCCGGGCCGUUCAGUAGUUUGGUUCACCACUAUCAAUUGGUACUUUUAACCUGUGUUAUAAAUAAUGUGUUUUUCGGGCGGCGUUCGGUUGUUUUAGCUGGGAUCUGAGCGGUAUUCUCACAAACUGUGUGCUCAGACCCCAGCUAUCUACCGAACGUCCAUUUGUGUAAAUCGACUAAGUAUUAAAGAAGUUAUACAUUUUUAAAGUAAAUUGCCGGUUCUACUGCACGGAGGGAUAAUCCACUUAACGGUACAUUCCAGUGGGAGUAUCCCUCUCGUGCAGCAGUGUCUGAUGGGAGAAAUGCCCAGAAUGUGAAGCCCCCCAUGUAGUCCCCUACUGUUACCCCUGUUAAGUCAGUGUGGAAACCCCUUGCAUGGGGACUUGCAAAAAUACUGGAACUGCAAAUAAAGACCUCCCAGAACUGUGUUUCGUCCAGUUACUGGGGGAUUUGGGAUAUUGUCUUGCUUUUCAGCGCUGACUGUGGAUUACUGUAUGUACUAGUGGAAUUCGUGGGAUUUAAUAUUGCCGGUCCGCUACAAUUAUUAUUAUUAUUAUUAUUAUUAUUAUUAUUAUUAUUAUUAUUAUUACUGGUAUUUAUAUAGCGCCAGCAUAGUCCGCAGCGCUUUACAAUAUUAUCAAAGCGGGAGAUUUAACAAUAAAUUAGACAAUUACAAAAACUUAGAGGAACAAUAGGUUGAAGAGGGCCCUGCUCAAACGAACUUAAAUCUAUAGGAGGUGGGGCAAAAAACACAACCAGACAGGAGGUAGCAAUCAAACAAGGUGGAGUGAAGCAGAGCUGGAGGAGAGAGUAAAGUGAUGCCCUAUAGGAGAGAGCAAGGGACAGGUAUGUGAGGUAGAGGUUACUCUGGGAUGCCAUAAGCUUUCCUAAAGAGAUGGGUUUUGAUGCAUUUCUUAAAAGAUUGAAGACUAGGGGAGAGCUUGAUGGUCGUAGGCACUCCUGCAAGCGUGAGUUGGCCGUACGGGUGCGAGCAGCAGACAGGAGAAGAUCAUGGGCAGAGUGGAGAGACCGAAAAGGGGCAUACCUGCGGAUCAGAUAUAGGAGGGGCUAGAAUUGGUCAGUGCUUUAUAGGUGUGGAUUAGUACCUUGAAUUGACUCCUAUAGGAUACAGGAAGCCAAUGUAAGGACUGACAGAGGGGAGUGAAGCGACAGGAGAGGAAAAUCCGUCUAGCUGCAGCAUUCAUUACUGACUGUAGCGGGGCAAUACGACUUGUGGGAAGACUUAUUAGGAGAGAGUUACAAUAAUCCAUGCGAGAGAUUACUAGAGCAUGGACAAGCAUCUUGUCGGAUGCGAGCUAUGUUUUUAAGAUGGAAUCUACAGGAUUUGGUAACAGACUGGAUGUGAGGUUUAAAUGUGAGGACAGAGUAAAGUAGGACGCCAAGACUGCUCGCUUGCAAGGAUGGACUAAUGUGGGUACCACUAACUUGAAGGGAGAGAAGAGGAUCAGUAUUAGGGGGAGUAAAGACCAGGAGCUCAGUUUUAGAGAGAUUGAGUUUCAAAAAUUGGGGGGUGGGGGGGAAUCGGGUAAUAAGUUUGCCAAGAGAGGCAGUAUAAAGAGAAAAUAGAAGGGGACCAAGUACAGAGCCUUGCGGUACUCAAACAGAGAUCGGACGAUGGGAGGUGGUAUCGUUGGAAAAGAAGACACUGCAUAAGCGUUGAGAGAGAGAGAGAGAGGAGGAAAACCAGAGAGAGGACAGUGUCACAGAGACCGAGUGAUUGAAGAGUUUGGAGAAGGAGAACAUAGUCAACAGUGUCAAAGGCAGCAUACAGGUCAAGAAGGAUUAGUAUGGAGUAGUGCCCUUUGGAUUUAGCAGUGAUUAGGUCAUUAGUGACUUUCAUAAGAGCAGUCUCAGUAGAGUGUAGAGGGCGGAAGCUAGACUGAAGAAGGUCAAGGAGAGAGUCGGAAUUAAGGAAGCAAGUCAGACGGGUAAAUAAGUCUUUCCAGAAGCUUUGAGAAAGAAGGGAGCAGGAAUAUGGGAUGAUGGUUAGGGGAGGAUGGAUCAAGAGAUGGUUUAUUUUAAGAUGGGUACUACAGUAGCGUGUUUAAGGCCAGCAGGGACAACAUCAGAGGAGAGAGAGCAGUUGAAGAUGUGUGUUAAGAAAAGCACAAGUCAGGGGGAGAGAGAUCUGAUCAGGUGAGACGGGACAGGAUCAAGCGGACGAGAGGAAAGGAGAAGCGCAGCCACCUUUUGUUCAGUAGCCUGGGAGAAAGUCUGAAGGGUGGGAAAAGCAUGAUCUACGUGUGGUUGAGAAAGAGAACGGUAAGGUGGGGAGAAUUCUUUCAUUAGCUGUUCAAUCUUGUCGGUAAAGGCUAGUUUGGGGGUGGCUACAGCAGGACAAAGAAGGGAGUUAAAGGUAUUAAAGAGACGCCUGGAAUUGCAUGCGCUAAUGAGGGAGGAAAAGUAUCACUGUUUGGCAAGGGCUGUGCUGUAUGAACACAACAUCAAUUUGUAGUGGAGGAAGUCUGACUGAGUGCGUGACUUCCUCCAGCAGCGUUCAACAGAACUGGAGCAUCUCUGCAGGUAGCAUGUUGAUUUAGUGUGCCACGGUUGGGGGAAUGUUCUCCUCAAGAUGCAUGUUUUGAGCGGGGCUGCAAAGUCCAGGGCAGAGGUGAGGGUAGUGUUAUAUGAGGAGAUAGCCAGUGAGGAACAGGAGAAAGUAGGGAUGGAUAGAAGUUGGAAAUCAAUAUUAGCUGAUCGCUGCUGGAGGUCAAUAUAAUCAGAUUUCUUCUUGGUUGAGGGGGGUUAGGUUGAGAAUAGGUGGGAUAGGGUUCCUUUGAAAACAAAUGAUAAGAGGUGGUAAGGUGGUGAUCGGAGAGAGGAAAUGGAGUGUUGCAGAGAUUAGCGAUUGUACAUUCAUGAGCGAAAAUAAGAUCAAGGGUAUUGACAGCUACAUGGGUAGGGGACUUAGCCCACUGCGAUAGCCCAAGGGAGAAUCAUUGAACGUAGUCUUGAGGCUACUGAGGACAAGGGUAGGUUAAUGGGAAUGUUGAAGUCCCCAAUAAUAUAGGUCUUGGAACUAGUGUUGCAUAUGAGCUAAACCUAGCUUAAGAAGUAUGUGGGGAUUCACCAGCAUGCUUUUGAGUUUUUGUCUAUUCUGUGUUUUGAUAUAAUGCCUCUGCAUUCACUAGUGUUGGAACAUAUUCACUUCCUCAUACACCUGCUGCUUGGUCAUCCACCUUCUGACUUGGCAAUAAGUACUUUAGUCAUUGUCCAAGUAUUCUAUUUAUUACAGAAACAUUUCUGAAUCCAGCCGAUACUGAUUGCAAAAUACACCCAGGAACAAAAUUUGUCAACAGAAUUUAUGGAGUCUAAGAAUAGCAUUAAAUAAACCAGUACUGACACAGAUCCUGAUUGAAAUUCAAUUCCUUCAGCAUUACGUCUGCAUUUCCAACAUGUUGCUAUAAAGUUUCUGCUUUUAUUUUAUGUAUGAUUGUUGCGAUAGUCAAAUAUAAACUUCGUAUUUACGCUAAGAAUUUGGAAAAUUAAAAUACUUUUUUUUUUCUCUCUCGAGCUUUGUCUUAUCUAACAUACAUCAAUUGUAGUGUUAUAUAAGUGUAACUCUGCACACAGCACAAAAUAGAAAAGGGCUCAAGUGUAAAAGUAAAAGUGUAAAAGUGGCCACAAUAUUAUCGGGACCAGGGCCGGCCUUAGGUGUUCAGGCGCCCUGUGCGAAACAAUCUUGUGGCGCCCCCCCCCUCACCUGUCUCUGUUUGGACCCCUUCAAACUAUUUUAGGAGCAUUCACAAUCUGUUGCCUCCACCCCCUUCUACAAAACCACUGCACCUCUUAACCAAAAUCCCUGGCCAGAUCUUCACCAAGCCCCUGGCCACCACUUCAUCAAACUCCUGGCCACCCCUUCCUCUUCAUCAAUGCCCUGGCCAUCCCUUCGUCAAACUCCUAGCCACCCCUUACCCUUCAUCAAUCCCCUCCCACCCCUUUAUCAAUUCCUGCCACCCCUUCAUCAGUCCCCUGCCCCUCUCAUCAAUUCCCUCCCACCCUUUACUCAGCCCUCUGCCCCUAUUCAUCAGCCGCCUGACCCCCUAAUCAAUCCCCUCCCCCCCCUUUAACAGCCCUCUGCCCCAUUCAUCAGUCCCCUGACCCCCUCACCAAUCCCCUCCCCCUUUUAUCAGCCCCCUGACCCCCUCAUCAGUACCCUCCCACCCCUAUCACCCACCUGCCCCCCUUUAAUCAGUCCCAUGCCCCCCUUUUCAGUUUCCUGCCACCCUUUAUCAGCCCCCUUAAUAAAUCCCCUGCCAAUUAAUGCAAUCCAUGCCACCCCUUCAUCAGUCCCCUGCCCCCCUUAAUUACCCUGUCACCAUGCCCAGUCCCCUGCCCCCCUUAAUUAGACCCAGUGUCACCCAUAGCCAGUCCCAGUCCCCUGCCCCCCUUAAUUAGACCCAGUGUCACCCAUAGCCAGUCCCAGUCCCCUGCCCCCCUUAAUUAGACCCAGUGUCACCCAUAGCCAGUCCCAGUCCCCUGCCCCCCUUAAUUAGACCCAGUGUCACCCAUAGCCAGUCCCAGUCCCCUGCCCCCCUUAAUUAGACCCAGUGUCACCCAUAGCCAGUCCCAGUCCCCUGCCCCCCUUAAUUAGACCCAGUGUCACCCAUAGCCAGUCCCAGUCCCCUGCCCCCCUUAAUUAGACCCAGUGUCACCCAUAGCCAGUCCCAGUCCCCUGCCCCCCUUAAUUAGACCCAGUGUCACCCAUAGCCAGUCCCAGUCCCCUGCCCCCCUUAAUUAGACCCAGUGUCACCCAUAGCCAGUCCCAGUCCCCUGCCCCCCUUAAUUAGACCCAGUGUCACCCAUAGCCAGUCCCAGUCCCCUGCCCUUAAUUAGACCCAGUGUCACCCUUAUCUAGUCCCCUGCCCCCCUUAAUUAGACCCAGUGCCACUCUUAUCUAGUCCCCUGCCCCCCUUAAUUAGACCCAGUGCCACCCUUAUCUAGUCCCCUGCCCCCCUUAAUUAGACCCAGUGCACCCUUAUCUAGUCCCCUGCCCCCCUUAAUUAGACCCUGCCCCAUUUAAUGAAAGAUGUUUGGCUUAAAAAUAAAUAAGGUACUUACUUUGAAGGCUGCUGCUCCCUCCCUGUCUGCAGAGCACCGGCCGCCGCCCUCACACAUGGAGCGGAUCCCUCUGCGGCUCUCUGUGAAGGUGCAGCACUUGGACGCUGCGCCUGCGCCCCAAGCUCCUCCUCCACGCUCCGGAAACUGACCGCGGCUCAGCUCUCACACAAUCUCGGGCCGGCCAGUGACAGAGCAACUGCGAGCUGUGUCGGCCGCCCGGCGCCCCUGUUGCCAUGGCGCCCUGUGCGGCCGCACAGCUCGCACACCCCAAAGGCCGGCCCUGAUCGGGACAGAAAUCUAAAGAAUCUAAAAAUGUGUGUUGGGGCAAAGUGCUACCUAAUCACUUUGGAAACUAACAGAAUGAUUCUUGACAUUUUGAACUAGGUGGGAAGGAAUGAAUAUAUGAACCGUUCUUUUCCUGGGAUAAUGCCUGCAAAAUUGACAUGUUGAUGGAUUCUAGAAUUGGAUUACUGUAUGCAAGGAUACAGCUCCAAAUUUUACACUCAUUGUUAAUGGACAUACGUAGAGUAGUCUACGUAGAGCAAUUUAUACUUUGACUUUUGGUGAGAUUAAAUUAGAUUUGAUUGUAAGAAGAUUCUGAAGACUAGUUACCAAUUCUAAAUAAAUUUAUGGGCAGAAAACAAACCACUUAUUUAAAGGACCACUAUAGGCACCCAGACCACUUCAGCUUAAUGAAGUGGUCUGGGUGCCAGGUCCAUCUAGGAUUAACCCUUUCUGCUAUGGGUUAGUCCAGCCUCUAGUGGCUGUCUCAUUGACAGCCGCUAGAGGCAUUUCCGCGCUUCUCACUUUGAUUUUCACAGUGAGAAGACGCCAGCGUAAAUAGGAAAGCAUUGAGAAUGCUUUCCGAUGAGACUGGCUGAAUGUGCGCGCAUGCACAUUCAGCCGAUGAUGGGGAAAGGAGGCGGAGAGUCCCCAGCGACGAGGGAGCCCGGCGGUGGAGAAAAGGUGAGUUUUUAACCCCUUCCUCACCCUAGAGCCCGGCGGGAGGGGGACCCUAAGGGUGGGGGGACCUAGAGACCCUAUAGUGCUAGGAAAACGAGUAUAUAGUGGUCCUUUAAGAUGGAUAUAAAAUAAACAUUCCGUUCUGUAUCUAUAAUUUUUUAAUUGAGUAGGACACAAAAUCCUAUUCCACUUUCAGAUUUAGUUCUAUUGUCAGUGACUUGAGAAUACUUCGUGAGCAGUAUAUGGAGCAUAAUUACAGAGUACCAAUCCAAUCCAUAGUGAGAAGGAAACUUUAUGAAAUGAAUGAUAUGCCAUCUCAGACUCCAGAUAUGACAUUUUAAAUAAUUUACAUUUAAUAUUAUGUUUCAAUUUAUAUAUGAUUUUGAUCAUGUAUCCAUGAAAUACUUUUUCCUUGACAGUUUCUUUUACAUAUAGAUUACGGAGUAUAAUAAACAUUAGAUUGUUAUAAUCUUAGUUACGAAUACAGUAAGUGUCAUCUCUGUCUCCUUUAAUUAAUAAAGAAUGAGCUCAGCUGGUUGUAUAUUUCCAGAACUCAUUAUCGGUAAUUGCACAUUUAAUUGGAGAGUUUAUAAAAUGUGGCAAAUUUAGGAGUAUUAUCUAACCAGACCAGUUCUGUACAAGCGGGAGCAGAUUGUCACCUAAUCCAGUAAUUCCCAGUUGUUUAACAAAGUUAAUUGAUGCUUUGGGAAUGAAAAACAGUGCGUGGUGAGAAGCCAUAUUUCCCGAUUACAACCCAGUUCUUUAAAUGUCUAAAGCUCCACUAAUGUCUCAGUUGGUGGUAGAAAAAAAAAAAAAAGAAAAAGAGAAAGGGCCUCUAUGUGGGUUUCUGAGAGAGAAGUUAACACUGGUCAGAAAGGCUUUUUCAAAGAUGGUCCUCACGUUUAUGGCACAGAGCUCUGUAGCUGAUUACUUUACAUGGAUAGGAAUCAAUCUAUUAUUUCUUUGUGAAAUGCUUUAGCCUGAAGCCUACUGUUCCGAGGUGUCUAGAAGCAACAUUACAUUUAUACAUCUGCUCUAGGUAUUGUGGUCCAUUAUGAUGGGUUGGAUUGUGGACAAUGGUGAGGCAUUAGGAUGUGCAGUGUUUAGUGGGAGACAGUGUAGUUCACCUGAUAUGUGACUGAACAUUUGUUUCACCUUAAUGAUGAGUGCUAGACUAUUCUGUAUGAACAAAGCUCAUAAUUUAUGUAUAAAGUAUUCUUUUCAUCUAAACAAGAGUAUCAGUAGCAUUAUAACUGUUUUGAAAUCAUUUGGGUCCAACCGAUUAAAAUCUAAACAAAAAUGGAUUGCAUUAAAGGACAAGGAUGAUCUAAAUGUAUGUUAUUCCAAGUGAAAACUAUAUCUAAAUGACAACUAGGAUUUCCACAAGUAAACUGUAUUUUUUUUUUUUCUUUUAGAUUUACUAAAAACCUGUCUCCAGACAAAAUAAAUCUAAGUACCCUUAAAGGAGAAGGUCAACUGACAAAUUUGGAGCUUGAUGAAGAUGUCCUCCAAAACAUGCUGGACCUGCCUACCUGGCUUGCCAUCAACAAGGUUUUCUGUAACAAAGCUUCCAUUCGGGUUAGUUUAAAUCAUUGUUCGUUUAAAGAGAUUAUUCAUGAGGGAAUUCAAAAAAACAAAAAAACCCACUAAUCUCAUGGUUACAUGUUCUUCAUUUGCUACAAAUUAACUGGAUCUCCAGCUUCUGCUGUAGUUUAGCAUACAUUGUAUUAAUUCCCCUCACAUGCAUAUUAGAUGCAUUUGCUAGUUUUCUAGGAAUGUUGUAACCACCAUAAUCAUUCCAUUUCGCAUAAUCAGUAGUUGUAUAAAUAGAUGGUGGUUUUAACACUAUAUGGUCAGGAAUACAUGUUUGUGUUCAUGACCCUAUUUUGUUCCUUUAAAUCAUUUUGUUAAUGCAGCCCUAAUCACACCUCCUUGCAUGUGGUUUUACACAUUGUAAAUUGAGAUCUAGUGUUUACAAUUCUUUUAUUGUACAGUUUUUAUUUUUGUUUUGUUUUUUUCAUUUAGAAUUUAUCUCUUGCACUGUUAAUAACUUGCUAGACCUUGCAGGAGCCUACUGUGUGUGAGUUGAAUUUAUAGAGCAGAAAGCAAAAACUUCUAAAGUAAGUUAACCUCUGAAUGCAAAUUAAACUAAACUUUUUCAUGCAGGCUGCAUCCAUCACAACCUGGAGAGUAGUGGCUAGGGUUGCAUGGUCAGUGUUAAAAAAAAGGGAUUUAACUCAUGAUUGGCAGAAAAUUCUGCAGUGAGACUUCAGAUGGAUGGUCUAUAAAUAAAAACGGCUUCAUUAAGCUAAAGUUGUUUUAGUUACUACAGUAUCCCUUUAAGUCCUCCUUUUCUUUUCUUUUUUUUUUUUCUUUUUUUUUUUUAUCUUUUCUUUCCAGGUGAUCUCUGUUUUGUGUUGAUGUCUACAACUUUCACACCAUAAUAUUUAAAUAGUAUUUGGAAAUCUAGUAAUGAAACUGAUAUGAUUAAUUUCCUGUUUGUGACUGUUUUAAUCAAUUCUGCCAAAUUCCCACAAAUUCAUUUCAAAAUCAUCAUCAUCAUCAUUAUUAUAUCUGUAUGCAUAACCUCACUUUGUUUUUUUGUUUUUUUUUUAAAUGCUACUAUUUCUGCAUGACCCCAAGUAAUUGUAUUGAUUUGUGAAAAGGGAAAAAGAGAAGUGCUUGUAACAUUGAACACUGAAGCUUUAUUGAUCCUUUGUUACAUUGCAGAUUCCUUGGACAAAGCUGAAGACACAUCCAAUAUCCCUGGUUAGUAUUUUUUAUUUAUUUACAACUGAAUAAUAAUACUCAUUAAAACAUAACAGCUGUGCAACCAUUGACAUGACGACACUUGGUAAAAGAAAAUGUUAUAUUUAAGCUUGCAGCCAUGAAAUGUAUUGACAACAAAAAACUGCUGAUUCUUAAAAUAUUAUAAGAUUAUAUCUUUUAGUCAGUCAGCAUCAAGGUAUAAGAUGUGCUGGUCAGUGAGAGAGUCAAUCAUCCCAGAAUGCUGUAUGUGCACUACAUUGCGCAUUCUAGGAUUGAACUGCAAAACCUGUGCUGGUGAUGGGAUUAUGCAUGUAUUUUAGUGUACUAGUGCGUUUACUAGUGAUUUCGCUGCAGAAAUAUAUAUGGUUGAGAUAGAAAGUGCCUGGUGCCGUCCAACAUGCAUUGACUUAUCUGUUGCAUAUAAAAACGUAAUGAACACAUUGUUUAUAUUUUCGCAAUAAGCCCUGUGAGUGCAAAUCUUCUUUGGAUAUUGUGAGAGAGAGAGUGAGUUAAUCAUUGCCAGCAGCAACGUCAACAAAUGAUAUGAUCAGUCCAUUUAACCCCUUAAGGACCAAACUUCUGGAAUAAAAGGGAAUCAUGACAUGUCACACAUGUCAUGUGUCCUCAAGGAGUUAAUUAAACAUAUAUUAGAUCCUAUAUGUAAAGAAUGAUUUUGAGGUAAAGUUCCACAAGUGAAGCAGUUAGCAAGAUUAUUAUUUGUGUAAAUAAUAGGAUAGUCUCUUUGCAUAAUUUCCCUCCAGGGUAGUGUAUCUAAGCCUAUGCGAGAAGAACAUAAAAUUGUAGAGUAAAAAAAAUUGGUGCAGUUGCAGGUUUCCAUGGCUACCCAUUUGUAACUUCUGCAUAUAAGAGUUUUUAAGUUAUCAUUGUAAUGCAUGUAUAUAUCCACAUAUCCGUUUUAUUUGGAGAAAUACUAAAGGAUAUAUGAAACUCUACAAAAUGCACUUUUAGCAUUUUGCAAAGGUUUCCAUAACAACCCUAUUUUAAUCUUUUCACUUUUAUAGAAAAUGGUCUACUAAUUCUAAGCUAUGAAUGUAAUUAAUUGAUUGUGUAUAAUUACCUAUUCAAUAUGUAAAAAUAUUAAGGAUAAUAAGGUAUAAUAAAGACCACACACUCAAUUUAAAUAAGAGGGGUUUAAAUUGCUGUUGAUCUGUGAGUCACUAGAUACCAUUGAUACAGCCCAAGUGAUGAUAAACUUAUAUACUACUGGGAGACUCUUGCCUGCAUCCUGAAAGACGCUGUCCAGCCAAAGUUAGAUCAGAUAAACUGGAGGAGCACUGGAUUCUGAUAGAGAGCCUUCUUCGACCAUUGUAUGCUAAUACAACUUUUAUAUUACAACCAUAUAUAUUUUGUUUUUAUUUGAUUUGAUUUUAAUAUAUACCAACCACGCUUGCCUUUGCAUAUACACACUAAAGCUGACAACUGCAAGAAUCACUGGAAACAAGGGGUCCAUAUCUUAUACUGCUCUAUAUUAAACUGGAAUUUUUUAAAAUGUGUUUUUAGAAAACAUAGGAAGUGUGGUUUUAUUGUGUCAUUUUGUAUUGUAUGUUGUGCAUAGGUUAGACUGGUUGAUUCCCUAUGAUUGAACUGCUGUUCUAGUGUACACACAUAACCUGCUCUACUUCCUAUAACUCGGGAUCUACUAAAUUGCCUGCUGGCAUAUACAAAGACAAAUUUUACAUUUUAUAAAAAAAAAAUCUCUUUUUGUGCUCCACUUGUAUACACAGGGAAUAUUCUGUUUGUUUGCAUGGUGAUUGCAUUACUUGUAGAAAUUUGAUUUAGAAUGACCAUUCAUACACUCGACUAUUGCAGCUGUUUUGCUUACUGGGAUAUUUUACGGUCAACAGUAAUUAUUUUAAAUCGCAAUAGUUAAUUUCCUGAUAGUACUAUUAUUUUCAGCAGUCCCUGUUAUUGCUCUCCGUGGCGAGUUGAGAAGCAACAUGCAUAAUUUAGGCGCAAUAAGCAAAGAGGAGAAAUACAUCCAACUGUGCCAGAUAAAAGCUUCUUUUUUUUCUCACCUUCAUUUUGACAGUUCUUUUAGAAAUGUGUACAACUCAUAUAGCAGACCAUUACGUUUAAAAAUAUGAAGCCUUUCCCCCCCCCCCCCUCUUUUUUUGACUCUAGCUCAUUAAUGGAACACUGUAAGAUUAGGAAUACAAAUUCAAUUAAUUGAUUUUAUAAUAAUCCGUCCUAUUUAUUUACAAGUCCCUGGACAAAGUGAUAAUGGAGAUGAGCACAUGUGAGGAACCGCGGAGUGGAAAUGGUCCUUCACCCCUCGUCACAGCCUCAGGACAGAGGUAAGAGAUAUAACAUGAAUGUGAGGAUAUGCCUCCUAAUUAAAAGGAGACCCGGUGGGUCAAGAAAAUUGGAAGUCCCUUAAUUAAACUCUGUAUAUAUAAAACAUAACUUUUAAUGAUUGUAGUGAUAAAAUACUCCUACUAAUAGAAAAAGGGCAAGGAAAACGGAACAAAAUUAAAAAUAGGUUAGAUAGGUAGAGGAAAAAAUCAAUCGUUUCUCCUGAGUGGGAUAUAUACCCCAAUAAUAUAAUCUCUUAAAUGGAUCCAAUAGUAUCUUGGAAGAGAAGGGGGUCCCAAUACAGUACUCGUACCGUAGCUUUAAAUGAUCACAGUCGGAGCAAUCUAUUUUGGACCUCCCAUUUAUAGUGGUAGUUAACUAAUAACCCUUAUAAAGAGCCUCUAAACAUCACUUAGAGAGCCCUGUGUGGCUGAGGUUGCCAAAUCAUGCUACACAUCAAGGAGGGAAGCUGAUACAAAAUCAAACAAAGGUCUGCUACUUUGUAGAUAAACAGUACUACUCAGCUAGUAUACAGUCAGUAGUGGAGUGAUACAAUGUAUUCAAUGCCUCUGUUAGCAUAAGCUGCAAUGCCCAUACAGACCCUAAAUACUUUGUUGUGAAGCACCAGGUCAAGGGGGCACUAAAAUACGACUUCCCUACUUGGCUAUCGUCUGGGCACGCAGUAGGGAAUAAAAGAUGGUUUCCCCCUCCAAUAGAUCAGAGGUAACAACUGCCCAAAACAAGUGAUAAAUACCCCAAAUCACCCACAACCCUCAGUUAGGUAGCAAAGUUGGAACAGCUGAAACAUAGACUUGUCUAUAACUCGCUGUCUUAAGCUAAAACGGCUAGAGCACCGAGACCUAUCUAACCUAGCUACCUGCUGCCUAGGUAGCUAAGUUAGAUAGGCAGCAGGUAGCUAGGUUAGAUAGGUGUCGGUGCUCUAGCCGUUAUAGCUUAAGACAGCGAGUUAGAGACAAGUCUGUGUUUCAGCUGUUGGGACCCCCUUCUCUUCCAAGAUACUAUUGGAUCCAUUUAAGAGAUUAUAUUAUUGGGGUAUAUAUCCCACUCAGGAGAAACGAUUGAUUUUUUCCUCUACCUAUCUAACCUAUUUUUAAUUUUGUUCUGUUUUCCUUGCCUUUUUUCUAUUAGGAGUAUUUUAUCACUACAAUCAUUAAAAGUUAUGUUUUAUAUAUACAGAGUUUAAUUAGGGGACUUCCAAUUUUCUUGACCCUCCGGGUCUUCUUUUCUUUUUGUACACACAUAUAUGAGGGUUACCCCCUCUAUGGUCGCCCCUGGCACACAUUUAGCUGGUUCCCUUAGGGGCUUCUAGCUUUGCUCUUUUUUUCUAUGCCUCCUAAUUAGAUUAGACAAAUGUAAUACAAACUGUAUAAUUCUGGUAUGUACUAGAGACCCAGAGUUACAUCCGUGUACUUGCUGUUUGUGCUAUUAAAUGGUUGUAUCACAGAGAUUUAUUCACUAAAUGCUAAUCUAAACACUUUGAUAACUAAGGUGUUUGCAUUUUAAGCCAAAAGCGUUGCAGAUUAUGGCCCUGCUAUGAUCAUCAGCUCACUAUUUAGUGACUAAAUUAAAAUAACUUCUGUCUUUGUCUAACAAAGAAAGCUCUGAUUAUACAUUGGGGAAACUGGAAGGAAAAACAGUGCGGCAGGAAACAAAAAGGAAUAUAGAAGUACUUAACGGUAAGGCUAGGUGCUUUAGGAGAAACACUACAGAUUUGCCUUGAUAUUAAAAUGAUACUUAAUUAUCGUCAUUUGUUGUUAAUUAUAUGAAAAAUGCAUUAAAAUACAAAAAAAAGGAAAGGUACCUGUGUUUACGACAAUCUCUUGGGUUUAAGCUUCCUGAUGUGAACUUGCCAAAACGAGGAAACAGCUGAUACUUAUUCGCCAGUCUUCGCUUUCCUAUUGUUUUCAGUUGGAGCUGAACAUGCACAUGGGCAUUGCUCCAGCUUCUGAUCAUUGUGUGCAGAAUACAUUCUUGUGCCAUAAUCUAUGUAAGGUGCAACAGUUGUUAUGGUGCUUAAAGUUAGCUUUUAAGUGAAAUAAAUAGCCUGUGUGGUCAGUAGGAUGGCUGAGUAUUGUGGAUUAUUAAUGUUUGGCAGCCAGUGAGACAGAUUAAAAAAAAAACAAAACAAAAAAAACAACCCUGUCUCUAAAGCCUCAACAGUGUAAAUGCUGCCUUUUCUGAGAAGUCUGUAUUUACAAUGCUGCUUAAGGUCACUCGUCGACUAGUGGGACUUCCUGGGUACGGUUCUGCAAAGAUUGCUCUACACAUGCUCUGCACCGAGAUGCUGAUUGUUCAGCAUAGAGACCCGGUCUGUGCAUCUCUAUGAGGAGAUGCUGAUUGGCGCAGUGUGGUGAUUUGCCUCGCAUUCGCACCCACCUUCCAAUGCUUUCAUCAUCAGGAUGGAGCCUGGCAGACUGGAGGAGAAAUUGGAAAUAAAACUGCCUUUUUAAAACUAAUUCUGAGGGGGUGUUAGGAAUAUGUGUUUGUAUUCUGAGCGCUUUAGUGUUCCUUUAAUGUUAGUUUUACACAGUUGUAUUACUGCAGAAUUUUACUAGUUUCAGAAGUGCAAUGAGACAUUAGCUAGACACACAGGGUGUGGAGAAAUACAUUGUUACAGUAUUGGUAAAUGGUGAGGGUCAUUUCAGUCUUGUUUUAAAAGAAUGACUUAGCAUGCUAAAACAAGCAUGCCUAGAUACAUUUAUUAACACAGCUUAUUUGUAAAGAAUAUACCAGUUUACCCUCAUCUGUCCUCACUUGUAGUGUUCUAUACAAAGUAUGUUUCACAGAUAAAUUUACACAAGCGUUUUCCAUUCCAAGUUAAUCCCUCACUUCACACUGUCACUGAGCCAUGCUUUCUAGUCACUGGGUUAAGUUGCUAAACAUGAGCAGAUUCGACUUUGUGCUAGGUGAAUACAGGCUGUAUCAAUACACUUAUUUUAGAGUGUAGUUGGGAGUAUUGCUGAGAGUUUUGAGGUGACUUUAUACUACUACUGAUUCCCAAUUUAAGCAUAUAUUAUUAUUAUUAUUAUUAUUAUUAUUAUUAUUGGUAUUUAUAUAGUGCCAGUUUAUUCCACAGCACUUUACAAUAAAAGGGAAAUUUACCAAAUGAGACAAUAAUAAAAUGUAACAGGAACAACAGGUAGUUGAGGACCCUGCUCAAACGAGCUUACAGUCUGAGAGACUGCAUUCAGGACCAGGGUGGGCUGAAGGGAUGUGUCAGCGAUGCCAGUUGCAUAACUGGUGAUGCCUAAAAGGGACAGUCCUGCCUGCUAUGCUGACAGCCCACUAAGGGCAAAUGAUGAAUUGGAGACAGCCGAAGUGUCUUCUGCAUGGUGUCUAACUACACCAUGGUGCAGCAUGUCUACAACACCAAGGAGCCAGCCUGCGAUAAUGGGAUGGUCCCAUUUGUUCUGGGACUGUUGGGAAGUGGAUUAAGUUGCUGCAAAAAAAUGUAAAAGCCUAGUUUUAGUUGAACAGCAGGGACGGAUGGAUCAAUUCAAUAUGGGCUUUGUCAAGUACACUACAUUAGUAAAUUAUUCCUUAAUAAUGGUAAAUUACACUUCUAGCUCCAUUACGGAACUGACCUAGACUACCGCGGCUUUUACCACUUUUCUUAAUUUGGCACUUUGUUACUGCUUUAUUGUUUUACAGUAACCUUUUUCUAGUCCAGGGGUAGGCAACCUACGGCACUAGUGCCAUGCACGGCACUCGAGGUGUCUUUGCACGGCACUCAAGGCUGCUGGAGCCAAACAGGCUCUGGCCUAUCCGGAGUCCCAGUAAAACUUCAGAUAUCUGCUAAUACGAAGAUGUGGUGAAGGACAAUCCUCAAUUUAUGCAUUGCAGCAUGUAGAGGUAGUGAUCUCAGCUCACUUCCUCCCAGCACUAGUUAAUGGGAAUCCACACUGUAGUAGAGAAGCCUGCAGCUGCUGUUGUAGCUCCUGUCCUUGACCUAUACCUGGCCAGCCUGGUCCCCACUGGAACCCAGGGAAGCCACCCACACUGCUAGAUAUACACAGAAAUGCACAAUAAGCCUCCCCUCAUACAAAUAAUACGAACAGCCCACAAACAAACAUACACACAAUCUGUACAAACGUAACCCGCUAACAAUCCACAUACAUGCACACAACCCCAUAUGCAGCUUCUCACAUGCAAUACCCCAAACAGCCCCUCACAUACACAGACUACCAAACACACAAUGUGACAUUUCCAUUCACACACACAACUCCACAAUCAGCUCUCAUACACAGCCCACAUUCAUAGGUAUCAUACAUGAUACCAUAAACUACUAAUGAACAUAUACAAUAUAAUAGCUCAUAUACACACAAAUACAAUGAUACAAAGCAAUUACAGUAAAAAUAACACAAGCAGAAGACGGCAACAUAGACGCCUCAAUUUAAAAAUAUAGGACCGACACGCUAAGGGACAUCACACUCCUAUAUCGGCACAGUGCUGCUAAAAGGUUGCCUAUCCCUGCUCUAGUCUCUUCCCUUUUUUUUUUUUUUUUGCAAUAGUCAGUGUAUGAUGUUUUGUUGUUACUAAAAUGAAAUUGCUCACUUGUGGUUUUUGGAUAUUUAAUCCUAACACCCAUAUUGUUGUUACCUUUUUUGCUUAAUUUCAAAUAAAAUGUUUAGGGGUAGAAUAACGCUAUUUUGCUGCUGUUUAAAACCCAUAUAACUGAGUUUUAUUGCUGUGAAACUCUGUGGCAGACGAUAUUAGUUGAUAAUGCACUAAAAUCUGUUCUUUAGGUGACAAAUCUAUUUAUCACAAAAAUUAUCCUGAAAUCCAGUUAUUCUGUAUGCUUAUGGGAGCAACCAUUUUACAUUUGAUUGAUAAGCCAUCCAUGUUUAUAUAACACAAUCCCAUUUAUGUAAGAAAAAUGUAGUCUGUGUAUUGUGUUUGAAAACAACCCAGUACAUUUAUAGUUAAAAUCUAUGUGAAAUGGCAGAAUACUGUUGUUGCAGUUACAUCAUUAACUUUGUGGGAAUAUAUCUCACCACACUAUGAUAGCUGUGGUUUAUACCACAAUGCCACACAUUUGAUUGUGCACAAAUUCUAUCCAUGUCAUUAAGCGUGACAGCAACAUUGUAGUUUGUUAGCAAUGUGUAGAGCACUCUGGGUCAGGCACGGAAAUGCACUGUGUGCAUGUGCAGAUAUAUCUAUUUAAAAACUGAGAAGUUCACUCAGGCAGACCUUAGUGCUUGCUUAAUGGUUAAAAGAAUCUCCCUUCUUCUAGUGGUUAUUGCAUACAUUAGCAAACACAAAUUCAUGGGCAAUCUUAAUGCUAUGGUCCAUAAUUCAACCUCUUCUUAUCAUAAAGUCUGGGACAUAUGGAUAGAUUGUAGAGUUGAGCGAACCUGGACUUUAAACUAAAAGGGGGAUCUAUUGCCCCCCCCCCCUCCCGGCCUCCACCCAUCCUAAAUAUCAAUAAGGGGGGGACCUAUAGUCCUCCCCCCUGGCCCUGACCCCUGCGCGGCGGGUGGGGGCCCUAAAUAACAAUAACGGGAGGGGACCUAUGGUCCUCCCCCACCCCACCCUGGCCACCACCCCUGAGUGGCAGGUGGGGGUCCUAAAUAAAAAAAUUAACCCCCCCCCCCCCAGGUGACUAGGGGUCCCCAAACCCUUUGAUGUCUUCUUUCUUCUAAACUCUUCUUUUUUUAAGCACCAAAAAAGACCAAAUAAAAAUCAACAAUAACCGACGCACUUUAAAAAAAAAGCUCAGUCUGCACGGAGCCCUCCAUGGGUGAAAUUUUUUUAUUUUUUUUUAAAGUGUGUCGGUUAUUGUGGAUUUUUAUUUGCCCUUUUUUGGAGUUGAAAAAAGAAGAGUUUAGAAGAAAGAAGACCUCAAAUGGUAAGUUUUGUUUGUUUAGUAUUGACAGUCACAGUGAGAUUGUAAAUGCUUUCCUAUGCGACGGGCUGAAUGCGCGCGCAGCUCUUGCCCAGGAGGAGGAGAAGAGGAGGAUCGGAGGAGGAGAGCUCUCCGCCCAGCGCUGGAAAUAGGUAAGUUUUUAACCCUUUCUCCCUUCCAGAGCCGGGCGGGAGGGGUCCCUGAGGGUGGGGGCACCCUCAGGGCACUAUAGUGCCAGGAAAACGAGUAUGUUUUCCUGGCACUAUAGUGGUCCUUUAAAGUUUGCCCAUUUAUAGUGUUCUCAUAAACUGUUUUGACUUUUAAUGACCGUUUUGUUACACCAUAACCACUACAAUAAUUAUAAUACAGUAUGUUUUAGUGUUUAUGGUGCUUGGAAUGUCCCUUUAAACUAUUAUUUGCCCUUGGUUUUGGAUAUCUCUAGUAAAAAAUACUCCAAGACUGCAAGAACCAAGCCAUGAUUUGUGCUGUAUUGCAAAUUUAGGGUAAACUUGAAAAAUAGCCGUAUUGAGCCAUCUUUUUAAUAAUCUAUUUUCAUCUUUGUCAAUAAAGUUUAAGUAAGUUACAAAUAGGGGAAUAAUGGGAAGACAAUUAAUACAGUGAAUUAAUUGGCAACCAGUAUGAGUUAUUCAUUUAUGAUUGUUUUAUGGGUUGUUUUUUUUUUUCUUUGCACAAUUAUAAUGUGUUAAUGCAUCAUUAUAAUCUUGUUUUUCCAGUGAAUAUGGUUUUGCUGAGAAGGUAGUUGAAGGGAUCUCUCUCUCUGUCAAUUCCAUUAUAAUCCGGAUCCGAGCCAAGGCUUUCAAUGCUUCAUUUGAGCUGUCCCAGUUAAGCAUAUACAGUGUAAAUCCACAAUGGCAGCAUGGAGACCUGCGCUUUACUCGAAUACAAGAUCCGCAGCGUGGAGAGGUAACGGGUUCCUUCAAUAUCAUUGUAAAAUACAAUCACUAGCAGUAAACCUCUAUUAUAAAUCGCUCUGAAUUUAGCACUAUAACUAAAAUCUAAAGAUACAUGAUAUGAUAAAUGUUAAAGCAUACUAUAUAGCAUCUCUACAUUGUGAUAUCAAGUUGGUUUUAGUAGUAAAUCUCAUGAUGUUCUUAUGUGACAUGAAAUCUGAAAUGCUUUAUGUUUGGCUAAAUUGAUGUGUAUUGCGUUUAUGGAUUAUAUGCAUGGUAUAUUUUUUUUGUUUUGUUUUUUGUAACUGCUCAUAGAUGUUUGUGAACUAUAUGCUGACUGAGCGUCAUUGGAAUAGUUGUUAACAAAUAUCUACAUGUCAGGGCUAGCCAUCUAUGGUCUAGAAUUACAAGCAAUUAUAGAUAUGUGUUUAACGAAAGGAUAGACAAAACUGCUAAGAUGUACUUUCAUCAGCCCUCUCAUUUUUAAGUAACAUUUCUGUUUGUGUAUACAUAAACCGUGUGCAGAGCAAUAUUGUUAUUUGUAAGCAGGCAUAAUAAAUGAGUUAGUCUCUCAUACUCUUGCACAAAUAUGUUUUGCCUCUAUAAACCUCCAUGCUUAUUAGCCAAUUCUCUCCUCCGUCAUGGACUAUGUAUCAAGCACACAGGGUAAUGGUUUUUGUUGGCUGCUUAAAUAGCUUUCUCAUGUGUAAUGUCACAUAUACACAAGGCAACAGGAAUGCAGUUUGCAAAUAGUUUGUCUACUUACAAGGAGUGGUGGGGGGUGAGGGCACAUCUAGCACCAUAACCACUGCAGCAUACUAGAGUGUUCCUUUAAAAAUAAAUAAAACUAAUAUGUAUGUAUGUACUAGAAAGCAUUUCCAAUAUAAAUAAUUUAGAAAACUGGCAUUGUAUAAGUGGUGAAGAAGACAUUACUAUGAAUGCUGAAUGGUCACAGUAGCAGGAAGUCAGGUGAUGUGGGUCAGAAUCUGCCACUAUGUACCCUGAAAUGGGGUUUGCAAAAAGGACAUGAUAUAAAUUGAUCAAAGCUUGAGGCUACAUUUAUAGAUCGUGCACAGAAGUGUCAAUUACAUUUUACCCACUGAAUAACUACUUAUUGUGGGAUACUGCCUACUGGUUAGAAAUAAGUAAAUAACUAAUUUAAUCACUUUUCCACUUGCGUGGUUCAUAUUUAUUGACAAAAAUUAUAGCUCUUUUUUUUCUUUCAAUUAUUUGCAGGUUUUGACAUUCAAAGAAAUAAAUUGGCAGAUGAUCCGCAUAGAGGCGGAUGCCAUUCAGAGCAGUGAGCAUGAAAUAAUGAGCGCGCCUGUCCGAUUAAUUACUAAUCAGUCCAAAAUUAGAAUCACAUUAAAGAGGAGGGUGAGUAUAAAUUUUCAUUUUUCUUUCUGGGUUCUUUAAAAUAUGUGCAACUGCUUAACCAUCUGCUGCAGAAGCUGUUUAUUACGGUUACAAAUUUUAUUUUUCUUAUUUUUUAUUAUAGCACUGAAAUGUUGUGGCAGUGAUGUUUAAACGUCUUAUGACUAUUAGUUUUAGCUGUAUAUAUUUUUUUUUUCAUUUAUUUUACCUGUGUUGGCAUUUUACAGUUUGUAAGGUUUUAGUAAAUAUGCAUUUCUCACGUUUAAAAAUUAAACUGACUAUUUAAUCCUCUCCUCCAAUCCUAAUUCUUAUUCUCAUUCAUUCUCAUUGUGUAUGUACACGCAAUAUACUUGUAAGUGCUAGUAUAGUAAAGAAAAUGCUUAUUGAGGAUUGCAUUAAUUGUAUUAGAAUAAGGAGGAGGAAUUGGAGAAGGGAUUCAAAUUAAAUAUAAGGUAUUACUCAGUGUCCUGUUUUUAUUUUUUUUGCGUAUUUUUCUCCUGUAGUGCUGACAAAAAUAAUCAGUUUAUUAAGAACCAGGGCUUAAGGACCACUUAACCAGUGAAAAAAAACUCAAGCGUCAAAUAAAGUAAAUGAGUAAAUGCUAUUACACGUUAACAGUGGCAUAGGUGUAAAUACAACAAUUAUGGAGAUGAAGAGCAGUUUGUGUAGGCAUCCCACAAUUCUUAGCAUGUACUUACGUGCUGCAAAUUGCGAGAUUCUGCAUGUGUUUGGGCAGUGUGGGAGACUGAGCAUAGUUGCAAUGCUCAGGUAAGUACAGCUUUUAAACUGUACACUGGGGGUUCUUGCAUAAAUUAUAGAUUGAAUAUCUCUAUUGCAACUUGGCGAUUAUCUUCACGUUAUGUGGAUGUCCGGUUCUUCUUAUAUUAUAUGGGGAUUUUAUUUUAUUCUUUGUAAAUUUAUUUUUCAAAAUGAAACCUUGUAUCUGAGAUGCGUUGGCGUCACUUUGGGACUUGCAGGCCCGUUACAUUGCAAACACUUGGAUCUUGCAUCACAUUGUAAUAGGAUAACACCUCCUUAUAAUAACUCAGCUGGGUUCAAUGUUGUGUUACAUGCAUUGCUAAUAGAGGUAGGAUAUCCAACUAACAGUAUAAAAUAAACACUGUAACAAACUAAACUUACGGGUCUCAGUCACACUUUCUAAAGUUUGUAAAUUCCCGUUCACUUAAAGGUGUUUGCUUUUAUUUUCAGUUAGCGAAAAAAGCUGAGGACUCGCAGAUCCAUUAAAAUUUUAAAAGGUGCGUGCAACCGUGUUUAAAUAUGCGGUAUUGCAAGCAACUGCAUCCUGUAAGAUAAAACGGUGUGACCCCAGCUUCUCAGCUCCCGGUUGGUCUUCUGCAUUACGUGUUAGGCAGGCGGGUGCGCCUUGGUGUGGUCACUCUCUGGGCCACACCCCGAGCCCCAGGGCACAGGCCCAGCAAAGAAGAGGAAUUAAGAGAAGAAGGUGAAGCGGGAAUGAGAGGUAGGGCAAGGAGAGAAUGUGGCAUUAAAGCGGGUGCGGAUCAGCUCACCCGCCUCCCGGUGUCUCCUACUGGGGAUAGUCAGGUCCCUCGCCCCGGGGCCCCUCCCCCAGAUAACUGGUCCGGAACUCCUCUGUGACCGCACGCACCAGCCAAGGAGCCCAUAUGUCAGUGUGUGUUUGUGCUCGGUCUUGGGCUGAGUACCACAGCUCUUCCAUAACUCAUAACUCAUAACUGGUAUUUUCUUAUACCAAAGGGUCAGCGGUGAGGCCGUGUCCUUUUUUCCCAGUACAAUGAUGCUUUGCGAUGUUAAGGAUGUGGCGUGCUAUCUGUGUAUAGGGCUACUAUGGAGCUUUUUUUCCCCAGAACGGUACUAUGAUCGGGCAUUCACACCAUAUGUACAGCGCUACGGAAUUUGUUGGCGCUAUAUAAAUAAUAAAAUAAUAAUAUGUGUAAGAAGGAUCCCACUUUCCCCCCCUGCACCUCCAGCAAAGGCCAUAGGAAUCGGUGUGCAUUCUCUGCAGGCAUUCCGGUGUCAAGUACCUUUGUGUGCAAACCUUAUAGGCCGUUUCCUGGGUUUUACUAGCUAUUGCGCAAUGGUGCACCAGGUCGCAUAUCUUAUGCCAUUGGUUCACCGUGAGUGUUUCCCCGAUGGCCAUUUCCUAUUAGAACAUGAAAGGGGGUGGGGGGAGUCCCUGCUGUUGUUGUAUCAUCGAAAAUAGCAGGAGACGCUAUGGGGUCCGGUUCCUGACAUAGUUGUCCAAAUUGUGUGAGGUCUCUAUAGAUAUCAGGAUGUUGUGGUAUCACGGUGACAUAGUUCUUGAUUUGAGUGUAUCUAAAGUCAUGAAGGUGUGGGUGGGUGUGCCUGUGAGUGUUUGCAGGGGCAGGAUUUUCCCAGUAGCAGUAAUGUCUUGGAUUCGGGGUAUUUCUUGUGGAAGGACGCAGCAAAGGUUUCUGGGCCUUAUCCCCGGCUCAAAGUCUGGGUUGUACACCAAAGGCAAUAGUGGGGAUGGGAAGGAGGACAGACGUAGUUUUCUUGCUUGUGAGUGCCAUGUAGACAUAGUGGCUGUAAUAAAUAGUUGUUGGUAAAACCAGUCGCCUGUUUACAGCGGGAUUAAGCCAUAGGAGGGCAGAGAGUGGCCUUCCAGGGUUUAUGUACCCCCUCCUUAGCCCAUUCUUAGGCCUGUUGCAUAUGGCAUGCUAAGUAGUAUAGUUUGAGAUCUGGGACGGCCAGACCCCCUGCUGUUUUCGGGAGUGUAAAUUGUGUGUAUUUGAGUAUGGGUUUAGUGCCCUUCCAGAUGAAAUUAACGAGGAGGGUUCGGAUUGAUGUAAAAAUGGCGUCAGGGAGUGGAUUUGGUAAUGUCUGAAAUAGAGUACCCGUGGUAGGAUGUUCAUUUUGGUUAUGGCCAUCCUACCGAGCCACAAAAAGUGGGGCGUAGCCCAUUCUGCUAGGUUCUUCUGUGUAACCCCUAACAUUUUGACAAAGUUGGUUUGGUAUAGUUUGGUCAGAUCAGCCUUAAGCCUCACUCAGGUAUUUGAAGCUUCGUCGGAUCUGGUCCGCCCUCCCCCGGGGAUGCCAAUGUUGAGGAUAGAGGAUUUGGCGUAAUUGAUCUUUAGGUUUGCGAUUUGGACAUAUCUCUCAAACUCCGCCAUGAUGUUUGGGAGAGAGAUUUCUGGUUUGGUGACAAAGAAGAGCAUAUCGUCCGCAUAUGCUGCAACUUUGUGAUGGUCUGCCCCCACCACUACCCCCGUAAUAUCCGGGUUGUCCCUAACUACCUGUAAGAAUGGUUCGAGGUCCAGGAUGAAGAGCAGCAGCAUCAGGGGGCAACCCUGCCUUCUUCCGUUUCUGACCGGGAACGUGUCAGUGUAGACCCCGUUUAUGCACACUCUGGCGGUGGGGGGAUGAGCAAAGGGACUCUAUCCAUUGACUUAUAUGAUUUACCCAGGCCUAUGUGUUCCAAAACCGCGAAGAGGUUGUCCCAUGCCACCCUGUCAAAGGCCUUCUCUGCGUCCGUAGAGAAGAGGAGAAGGCUCUCUGAGGCGCGUUGCUCUUGAUGGAUCAGUGACAGGGCUCGUACCGUAUUGUCCCUGGCUUCCCUAUCGUGGACGAAUUCUAAUUGAUAAAAUUAGAUCAAGCCUGGUAGUUGUAGUCCCAGCCUCGUCACCAGUAUCUUGGCAGACAGUCGUAGGUUGCAGUUAAGCAAUGAGAUCGGCCAAUAACCCGUACACCGCUCGGCAUCCCCACCCUCUUUUGGCAAUAAAAUAAUGUUGGCCGCUAUUGUCUGCUUGGGAAUCAUAUUUCCUCCGUUAUAGAGUUAAAAACUGAUUACUUUAGAAUUUGGUAAUCAGACAGUAACUCGUAUAGGUGUGAUUUAUAGGCCCCCAGGACAAAUAGAAGAGUUAAAUAAUCUACUAAUUGAGGAAAUAGCUAAAAUGACAAUGAAGGGGGAAGUUAUCAUCAUGGGUGACUUUAAUCUUCCUAUUCUGAACUCCUAACUGGGAUUGUCUCUAAAACAUGUCAUUGAGGAGCCAACUCGUAAAGAAGCCAUACUAGAUUUAGUGUUAACAAAAGGAGAUUUGGUAUCAGAUAUUACUGUAGGUAAAAGUUUAGGAUCAAGUGAUCAUCAGUCAGUGUAGUUUAAUAUAAGAACAGUGACUGAGUCACAUCACACAAAAACAAAAGUUUUAGACUUUAGAAAAACAGACUUUUCUAAAAUUAGAAUAUGUGUAGAGGGGUCAUUAUCAGACUGGAACAAUUUAAAUGGAGUGCAAGAGAAAUGGGAUUCUUUAAAGUUGCACUGCUGAAGGCAACAGAAAAUUGCAUUAGGCUUGUCAUUAAAAGCAAAAAAUUCAAGAAACCACUGUGGUACUAUGCAGAUUUGGUCAAAAUAGUAAAAAACUAAAAGUUAGCAUUUAGUAAUUGUAAAAAAAAAAAAAAAAACAGAGUGAGGAAGACAGAAUGAUCUAUAAGAUUAGGCAGAAAGAGGCUAAGCAAGUUAUAAGAGCUUACAAAUCACACACAUAAGAGAAAAUAGCACAGUCAGUAAAAAAAAAAAAGGGGACAAAACAUUUUUUGAGAUACAUAAAUGAAAAAAGGAAAGUAAAACAAGGAUUAGUUAGAUUAAAAACAAAAUAAUGAAGGUAUGUAGAAGAGGAUAAAGGUCUAGCUGACUGCCUCAAUGAAUAAUUUUGUUCAGUAUUUACAGAUGAAAAUGAAGGAAAGGGGCCUCAGUUAGGAAAAAGGACAAAUGAGUCAUUUGUUACAUGUGAGUUUACAGAGGAAGAGGUUCCAUUUCAACUGUCAAAAGUAAAGACAAGUCAAUGGGACCUGAUGGAAUACACCAAAAGUUAUUAAAAGAGCUUAGUGGUGUACUAGCAAAACCAUUAACAGAUUUAUUUAACCAAUCAUUGUUAACAGGAGUAGUCCCAGAAGAUUGGAAGUUAGCGAAUGUUGUGCCCAUUUACAAGAAAGGUAGUAGGAAGGGGUCAGGCAACUACAAGCCAUAAGUCUUACUUCAGUAGUGGGGAAAGUAAUGGAAACGAUGUUAAAAGAUAGGAUUGUUGAACAUCUAAAAACACAUGGAUUUCAAGAUCAGAGACAACAUGGGUUUACUUCAGGGAAAUCAUGCCAAACUAAUCUUAUAGAUUUUUUUGAUUGGGUAAGUAAAAUAAUAUAUCAGGGUUGUGCAGUAGACAUUGCUUACCUAGAUUUCACUAAGGCGUUUGACAAUGUUGCGCAUAGAAGGCUUAUCAAUAAACUGCAAUCCAAAGUUUGGAUUCCAAUAUUGUUGAAUGGGUAAGGCAGUGGCUGAGUGACAGGCAACAGAGGGUUGUAGUCAAUGGAGUAUUCAAAGCAUGGACUUGUCACCAGUGGGGUACCUCAGAGAUCUGUACUUGGACCCAUUCUCUUUAAUAUCUUUAUUAGGGAUAUUGCAGAAGGUCUUGAUGGUAAGGUAUGUCUUUUUGCUGAUGAUACGAAGAUAUGUAACAGUAACAUAUGGUUGAUGUUACAGGAGGGAUAAGCCAAAUGACAAAUGAUUUAGGUAAACUAGAAAACUGGUCAGAGUUGUGGCAACUGACAUUUAAUGUGGAUAAGUGCAAUAUAAUACAUCUUGGACGUAAAAUCCCAAGGGCAGAGUACAGAAUAUUUGAUAGAGUCCUAACCUCAACAUCUGAGGAAAUGGAUUUAGGGGUGAUUAUUUCUGAGGACUUAAAAGUAGGCAGGCAAUGUAAUAGAGCAGCAGGAAAUGCUAGCAGAAUGCUUGGUUGUAUAGGGAGAGGUAUUGGCAGUAGAAAGAGGGAAGUGCUCAUGACAGAAUACUGGUGAGUAUUGUACGCAGUACUGGAGACCGUAUCUCCAGAAGGAUAUUGAUACUUUAGAGAGAGUUCAGAGAAGGGCUGCUAAACUGGUUCAUGGAUUGCAGGAUAAAACUUACAAGGAAAGGUGGUAGAGGUUAACACAGUAAAGGAGUUUAAGCAUGCGUGGGAUAUGCAUAAGGUAAGUAUAAGAUAAGGGACUAAUGAAAGUAUUUUUAAAAAUUGGGCAGACUAGAUGGGCCGACUGGUUCUGAUCUGCCGUCACAUUCUAUGUUUCUAUGUAAAUUGAGGGGAUAGAGUGGUCGUGAAGGUUUUAUAGUAUUUGAGGGGAAGGCCGUCUGGGCCCGGGCUUUUGCCUGUUUUUGCUUGAGUUUUUGAUAGCGAAGGCCAGUUCCCCCUCCGUCAGAGGUGCCUCUAAUGCCUCGGUUGCGUAUUUAGUGAGAUAGGAGCGCGUUGUAUUCGUCUGUAAGCGCAUAUAGGUCCGUAUCAAAUCGUUUCACUGCUGUGGCUAUCUGGACUGGCACGUGGCAAAGUUGACCCGAUGCAUUACGCAUUAUACGUUGUGGAGCGUUUUUUUAUUUAUCAUUCUUGCAAGCAGCUUGCCGCAUUUCUCCUUCCGCAUGGAAAAAUGAUUUUGUGUGUUGAAGAGCUCUAGAGUAUGAUUGUCGCAGGACCUGUGAUAAUUCCUCUUGCGCUAUUGUUCUCUCAAGAGUGUGCUGUCUAGUGUUCGUUUGUGCACAUGCGUCAGGUUCCCUAUUUUGUCGGUUAAUUCUCUAAUCGUGUGUUCUCUUGCCUUUUUAAUAGCAAAGCUUUGCGAGAUAUGGGGAUUUUAUAAUAAUGACACUUAUUUUAUCAUGAGACAAUUUUAUAGAACCACCUAUAAAGUUUAAAAAAACAAUAUUAUUAAAAUGAAUCCAAUACAAUGACUAAAUAGUUAAAUAAAUAAAAUGUCAUGCUAUUAAACCUAAUUAUUUAAACAAUAGGUGGGUGUAAUAGUUCAGAAUUUUAAUCUAUUCAGUUAUUCAUUAAAACUAGUAAUUGUGGAGAACUGAUAACCGAACUGCAGACUUUAGACAAAAAAUGGUGAAUUUGAAAACUUCUCAAUCCAGCAGUUUUUUCUUUUUUGUUUUGUUUUGGUUAUUUUUCCAACUUUUUUGUUUUGUUUUGGCUAAUUAUAAGUUGCGUAUUAUAAGUAUAAAUUGAUAGUAAUACACAUUUGUUAACUCUGGAGAUUUCAAUUAAACUUAUUUGAUAACCAUCAAUUCUGGAACUAAUAACCAACAUAAACCAAUACAUGGCAAUGACUUUAUUCCUUAUAAACUGUCACUCUUACAGAUUUGAUUUAAUACUAAAGACAUAUUCAGUGGGACGUAAUAAAAUAUUUAAAACCGAACUAAAUAAUGUACUAUACCAUGGUUCUUAUAAUCGUAACCUUCAGAGCUUUCUAUUAUCAGUGGGAUCUCCUGGCAGAAAAAUAUAUUUCAAUAUAUCAUUUUUAUACCCUUUCUGCAUCAGUUUGUACUGUGGGUAGCUAGUUAUACCUUGUAACCCCCACUUUCUCUGUAUAUUCCUGGUGAAACCUAUAUCUGUCUGUAACAUUAAGGUGUUUAUUCCAGCUCAAGGACUGCAAUGUGGUCGCCUCAAAGCUGAUUUUAAUGCUGGAUGAUCUAUUAUGGGUGCUGACAGACUCUCAGUUAAAGGCCAUGGUUCAGUAUGCAAAGUCUCUAAGCGAAGUGAUUGAAAAAUCCACAGAACAAAGGAAGAGCAUGGUAUCCGAUUCCACCCAGGUAAGAGAAGAGAAGACAAUAAGGAUGUGAAUCAGACCGUUAAAGAGACAUUAAUAAAAAGCUUUACAUAUCUCAGCUCUCAGCUAUAACUGUUUAAUCCAAUCCAAAUUGACUCUGUAUAUUUGUGAUCUAGGCUAGUUUGUUAUUACAUGUGUAUUCUGUGAUAUAGCUAUUUAUCCUAUCCAUAAUCUCUAGUAUGCCUCAAAAUCAAGUUUCCGUUAUUUCCGCUGUGUCUCGCUUCCCUGGAGAACCAAAGAAUGUAAUUCAAGAAGCUUGAUGGUGCUACAGUGCUCCGUGCAUGCCGGUCUUUCACAGCUCUCUGGAAAUGGCUGGUUGACUUGCUGGCAAACUGCCAUCCCAAUGACCAACUCUGUGUUAUAGUCACUGCUCCUGUGGAGGGUUUUAGAAGGACAAGAAUUUCAAAUUAUUGUCAAUUUCAAGUCCUUUUUGGACAUUAUUACUAAGGUGAUAGGUUGGAUGGACAAAAUUCUUAUGGAAGGCAAUAAGAUGGACAGCUGCCCACUGUGGACAGGUCUUAAUGGGGCUAACAUUAACCACUUAAUUUCUGAGCACUUUUUGAAUAUAAAAAUAACAAUAUAAAAUCUAUUUGAAGCAAGGAAUGCAUAUAUGUGUAUAAAUGACUUUGCAGACAAAUGUUUAAAAUUUAUGGGAUUCAUUCAGCCCUUAUAAAAAUAUUUAUAAUCAUGAAGAAAGUUGGACUGGAGGUGGUGUUAAAGGUACUCUCCAGUGACAGGAAAAUCUAUCAGUUUUCCUGGCACUACAGGACCCUGCAUUGUCCCUCUCCCUCCCAUUUCUCAUCCCAUGUUACUGAAGGGGUUAUAACCCCCUCAGUUACUUAUUUGAGAAGGCUUAGCGUGUCAGCAGAUGCACUUGGCUAAUCAGCGCCACCUUUGUCUGUUGAAGUCAGAGGUUACUGUAUGAAAAAUCCGAGAGACGCGGAAGGACAGGGAGAGCACUAAAUGCCGCUGGAGAGGUUUAACCCCUAAAGGUAAGCAGGCACCAGGGACCUACUGGCACCAUAACUGCUUAAUUUAUCUGAAGUUCUUCUGGUGCCAAUAGGAUCCCUUUAAAUUCUCUCUCUCUCUCUCUCUCUCUCUCUCUCUCUCUCUCUCUCUCUCUCUCUCUCUCUCUCUCUCUCUCUCUCAAAGUAUAUAAUAUAAUUUUUUUUUUUUUUAACUUUAAUAUGAUAAGUGAGGAACCUGCAAAUUGUGGUUUAUGGAAAAGUGAUUAGCAGGAAAUCUUUCAUAUUUUGUUUUUGCUCCUCUACAGGGCUCCACUCCUCCUCCAAGCACACAGCAGGUAAAAACUCAGCAAUCUACUGCAACAACAGAACAAAAUCAUGCCAUUAUAAAGCUGUUCAGAGACUUUGAUGUCAAAGAAACCUCAUAUCAUUUGGUCAUCUCCCACCUGGAUCUGCACAUAUGUGACGACAUUCACUCAACAGAAAGAGGUGAAAAAUUAGGGUGCUCUUCAAGAUAUUUUGGAUCAUUGAUUUACUUUUCUUAAAUGCACCAACUGUCAUGCUGCAUCAAAGGGGCACUUCAAGCACCAUAACCACAUAUGAUUAUUGCAUAGACUACGGUACAAGAAGUUCCUCUGUCCCUGUCUUCCCUCAUUCUGUUCAUUGUAGCUGCAGCAAGUUUCAGGUAUAUGCUCACUCCUCCAUUCUCUGAUUUCGCAGAGGUAAGCUGGGUCUCCUGCCCAUGCAAGAUCUUACACUGUGUAUGUGCAAGCCAUACAAGUGCUAUGUAACCCAUAUCAGAUUUUUCAUAGCUUUCAAUGGGAGAGCCUGUGCAGCAGGUGAGUAGCUUCUUUUAUGGAACAAAAACUAGAAUGAACCUAGUCUGUAUACUAAUAAUAGAUACACUCCAGCUUCUAUUGGCAUACAAAGUAGCUUCAUACAUGUAUUUUUUUAGUUAAUGCAACUUCUCACUGCAUGUGAACAACAUAUGCAGUAAAUCUCAGAUGACCGUGAUUUGUUUACCAUACAAAUGUAAGGAAUAACUGACUUCGCACACAGGGGAGAUAAAUUCAGGAGAAUCUCACAAUGCAAUCAAGAGGAAACGAUAAGUGAUUGUGAAACAAUUUCCUGAGUUUAAUCAUAGGAUAUCAAGUUUUUUCUUUAGCUCCAGUGUUCCUACUGUCUGGAUCCUGGUUGGAAAUCACGGGGAGCCUCCAAUUUAGUGAAAUCUGUGCUGUAGCUGCAUUUAACAGUAUCACUUCAAUAUAUAUUAUAUUAUAAUAUUUUUUUUUAACACUAAUAUUGUUUAAGUUAGUUGAAAAAGCUAGUAAGGGUGAGACCUGAAUGACAGAUGGAAUUUGGAUGGGGGACAUUCCAAUAAAAUAGGGAUAAAUUUCCUAUCCCUGACUUUCAGCAUCAGCAAUGCUUAGUGCUGUGAUAGGAGGCGAUAAAUAGUGCUUAGUGCUGUGAUAGGAGGCGAUAAAUAAUGCUUAGUGCAGAUAAAUUCUCUACCACAGUGUAAUAUUUUUAUGUAAUCUCAUUGAUCAUGGAAGAAAAAAAAAAAAAAAUGUGCCAGAUUACCAUAGUUACAUAGCUGAAAAGAGACUUGCGUCCAUCAAGUUCAGCCUUCCUCACAAAUGUUGUUGCUGUUGAUCCAAAAGAAGGCAAAAAACCUGGACUGAAGCGCUUCCAAUUUUGCCACAAACUAGGAAAAAAAAAAUCCACAUUUUACCAUAAAUGAUAGCUGGCGAAGGGCUAUCAACAUAAAGAGUAAUGACUGUCCUUGAUGGAGCUCAAGAGGAAUAAACACAGGCAACACUCAGUAGUAAGGAUGGUAUAUUAUUGAUAGGUGAAUCACCCAAUAGAAAGUGCAAUGUUUCGGCUCAGCGGAGCCUUAAUCGUGCAUGAUUAAGGCUCUGCUGAGCUGAAACGUCGCACUUUGUAUGGGUGGUUCACCUAUCAAUAAAUAUACUGUUAUGGGCAAAUGCAAAUAUUACAAGUUUUAGAAUGAAAUGUUGUAUUUCUUAAACUGUGUACUUUGUCUUUAAGAGAUAUUGCAAACUGACAUGGUGUUAGAAAUGGAACAUAUUGUUUUUCAUAAUUGUUUCUUUAAGCAAUAACCUCAGUGCCUAAUAUGUUUGCGCCAUUUUGUCCCAGACGAAUUACAAUAACAAUAAUGCAUAAACAAGCUUCAAGGCUAUACUACGACUCUUUCAGUACACAAUAUACUGUGGUAACCCCAAGUUAAUAGAACUUCCCCAAAUCCGGGAAUCUCCCACGACUGUACACUUACGACUUCGUAUAAACAACAGAUAACCUAUUCAGACUUUAAGAUGCCAUCUUGAACUAAGUCAGGAAAAUUUCCAUGACGUUUGCACCCUUUAGUUAUGGCCUUGUUUGCCAAAUUAAGGGAGGUCCUAAAAUUAAUAAAGUAAAUGAACUACGGUAACCCUAAAAUGGAGACACCUAAGGUAUAAAUAGGUGUACUUUUAAAUGUUAAGACACAGAGGAGAGACUUGGAGACAGAUGCUGCUCCAUCUUAAAAUGACAGAGAGGCUGACAUGAUGACCUGUUCAGAAGGGUAUGUUAACCUAUUAAUGAUAUUUGGAAGCAUUUAGUUUAAUCUUAUAAACUCUGCUAUAAUGGAGUUUAUAUUUAUAUUUUUAUAUAAUAUCCAAAAAGACAAAACUAUUGCUUCCAAGACAAUCCUUAUUUUAUAUUGUAUUCGCAAUUAUUUAUAUAUGGUAAAUAGAGGAUCUCUUACUAACUAUAUAAAAUUAUGGCUAAGAUAUCUGUAUGGUUAGCCCUACUAAGUUCUAUGCUUUAAGACAUUAUAGUGGUAAAUAAGGGAACCACCUGCGGUUAUAAUACCAUCCUUACAACUGUAGUGUUGCCUGCGUUUAUUCCUUUUAAAGACUUUAUUGGUGGGUCCAGCGAUGUCCGCCUGACACGGAGUACCUUCAGUGUGGAUGGUCGGAGCAUUUAUACGGUAUCCGUGUGCAGGGUUCUUUGUUUAUUUUGUCCUUGAUGGGGUUGUCACCCAGGGCCCCGUAGGGUCAGAGACGUAGUCAAAUAGAGUUUUGUAUGAACAAGAAGAGAUAAUGAAACCUUUCAAAACAUACACAAUCAGAAGGUUCUGUACUCAAACAUUUCAUUUAGAAGACGUUUGUUGAUAGUGCAAAAUUGUACUAAAGUGAACUCGAUCACAGUAAAGCAAAAACCUUUAGUGUUACUGAUUCUGGUGUAAAACAUGAUUGCAAUUCCCUAGAGCAGGGUAAGGCAAUCUUUGGCACUUCAGAUGUUUUGGACCAAGUUAACAGAAGAGAAUAAAAGCCAAAAGAGUGAGAUAGGGUAAAGUUGUGCAAUAAGCAGGUCAGUAUGGGUCACCAAAGCAUUGUAAUGAUAAAGGUACAUUUAUAUUGAUCUCUAUUUUAUUUAUUUAUUUUUAAUUAAGUCUUUGUUAAUAGAUGUUAUAGAUGUUAUCAUUACCCUACUAAAUGGUAAUAAACACCAAGAAAGAAUACAAGGACCAGGUCGAUCUGUUGGGAAUCAGUCUGUAAUGCUGAGUGCCUUUACAGCAGAUGCACUAAACUGAGCAAGCUUUUCAAAUUUUUAUUUAUUUUAAUAACACUUUUAUGUUUCACUAUUUUCUCUGGCUAGUUCUAUCUUGUGGUGAUCUACCAUGUGAAAUGUAAAUGCUGUGUAUUAUAGGCAUAGAGAAAUCAACAUGUUGGUUUACAAAUUUUUUGAUGGGAAGUAACAAUGUUUUAAUUUGUUUUUCAGCAUGUAACAGGAGGAUUACUGGAGGUGCCAUGCAAUUGUCUUUCAGCAUGCUUACAGUGGAUUACUAUCCUUAUCACCGAGCAGGUAUCAGCAGAGCUAAUCUUGUUAAACUCCAGUGAAUUAUUAAAUAGUAUUUUGUAUGGAUUCUUACCCACAUGACAUGUCC